AUGAGGAAAAGUAAUGUGUUAAUUUACAGUAUAUUUACAGUAAAGGAGUUAAUGGCAUGACAUCAUGGAAGAUAUGGAUAAGAUCUAACAUUUAAUUGUGCUUAGUGUUAAACAGUAUCUCCCAUAGUGCUUAGUGUUAUACAGUAUCCCCCUUAGUGUUAUAUCUCCCAUAGUGUUAUAUCUCCCUUAGUGUUAUAUCUCCCUUAGUGUUAUAUCUCCCAUAGUGCUUAGUGUUAUAUCUCCCAUAGUGUUAUAUCUCCCAUAGUGUUAUAUCCCCCUUAGUGUUAUAUCUCCCUUAGUGUUAUAUCUCCCUUAGUGUUAUAUCUCCCUUAGUGUUAUAUCUCCCUUAGUGUUAUAUCUCCCUUAGUGUUAUAUCUCCCUUAGUGUUAUAUCGCCCAUAGUGUUAUAUCGCCCAUAGUGUUAUAUCGCCCUUAGUGUUAUAUCGCCCUUAGUGUUAUAUCUCCCAGUGUUAUAUCUCCCUUAGUGUUAUAUCUCCCAUAGUGAUAUAUCUCCCAUAGUGUUAUAUCUCCCAUAGUGUCAUAUCUCCCUUAGUGUCAUAUCUCCCUUAGUGUCAUAUCUCCCUUAGUGUCAUAUCUCCCUUAGUGUUAUAUCUCCCUUAGUGUUAUAUCUCCCUUAGUGUUAUAUCUCCCUUAGUGUUAUAUCUCCCUUAGUGUCAUAUCUCCCUUAGUGUCAUAUCUCCCAUAGUGUUAUAUCUCCCAUAGUGCUUAGUGUUAUAUCUCCCUUAGUGUUAUAUCUCCCUUAGUGUUAUAUCUCCCAUAGUGCUUAGUGUUAUAUCUCCCUUAGUGUUAUAUCUCCCUUAGUGUUAUAUCUCCCUUAGUGUUAUAUCUCCCUUAGUGUUAUAUCUCCCUUAGUGUUAUAUCUCCCAUAGUGUUAUAUCUCCCAUAGUGCUUAGUGUUAUAUCUCCCUUAGUGUUAUAUCUCCCUUAGUGUUAUAUCUCCCUUAGUGUUAUAUCUCCCUUAGUGUCAUAUCUCCCUUAGUGUCAUAUCUCCCAUAGUGUUAUAUCUCCCAUAGUGUUAUAUCUCCCAUAGUGUUAUAUCUCCCUUAGUGUUACAUCUCCCUUAGUGUUAUAUCUCCCAUAGUGCUUAGUGUUAUAUCUCCCUUAGUGUUAUAUCUCCCUUAGUGUUAUAUCUCCCUUAGUGUUAUAUCUCCCAUAGUGUUAUAUCUCCCAUAGUGCUUAGUGUUAUAUCUCCCUUAGUGUUAUAUCUCCCUUAGUGUUAUAUCUCCCAUAGUGCUUAGUGUUAUAUCUCCCUUAGUGUCAUAUCUCCCUUAGUGUUAUAUCUCCCUUAGUGUUAUAUCUCCCUUAGUGUUAUAUCUCCCAUAGUGCUUAGUGUUAUAUCUCCCAUAGUGUUAUAUCUCCCAUAGUGCUUAGUGUCAUAUCUCCCUUAGUGUUAUAUCUCCCAUAGUGCUUAGUGUUAUAUCUCUAUCAGAGAGAGACUGACCCUUGGUGCAGGUAUGCCAGCAUACUGUCCAGCAGACAGAGUUUCCCACUAGCCUGGAUCAGAUGCUCUCCCAUCUCAAACGGCUCUGGUUCCACACCUAGAGAGGAAAGGCAGACUAACAUCAGUUUUUCAGUUAGUGGCACCAGCCCAUGAUUUGGUCGCACCAAAAAUAAUUUACCCCGCCACGCAAUAUAACUAUUUUGUAUCACCUUCUAAAGUCAUUCACAGAGCUUUAUUCACUACUGUAAUAGACUACUGAGAUGGUAUUGAAGAAAUAUGUUGUUUCAUCAUUCAUUCAUUCUGUGAUUCAAAAUAUUUUAAUGUGCAACCUAAUCCAGUGAUUGUCAUGCAUUUUGUGUUGACCAUUAAGCUACCGCUGUUAUAUUUUACUGUUAAAAUAGGGCUCCAGAAUGUUCUGACAUGUUUCAAUAGAUUUGAUCGAUUGAUUUAUGUUAUUAUAGUGUCAUGCAUCUUCAAGAUGCCCAGCCCACAUAGGCUUAUGAGACACUAUUUGUUGUAUACAAAUAAAAUGAUCAUACUUACACUACCGUUCAAAAGUUUGGGGUCACUUAGAAAUGUCCUUGUUUGGAAUGCUGACCUUCUAGGCAGAGUUGCAAUGAAAAAGCCAUAUCUCAGACUGCCCAUCCUAAUCUUUUAUUUUUAUUGGCCAGUCUGACAUAUGGCUUUUUCUUUGCAACUCUGCCUAGAAGGUCAGCAUCCCGGAGUCGCCUCUUCACUGUUGACGUUGAGACUGGUGUUUUGCGGGUACUAUUUAAUGAAGCUGCCGGUUGAGGACCUGUGAGGCGUCUGUUUCUCAAACUAGACACUCUAAUAUAGUCCCAUGUAGCUCAGUUGGUAGAGCAUGGCGCUUGCAACGUCAGGGUUGUGGGUUCGAUUCCCACGGGGGACCAGUAUGAAAAUGUAUGCACUCACUAACUGUAAGUCGCUCUGGAUAAGAGCGUCUGCUAAAUGUAAAUGUAAAAUGUAAUGUAUUUGUCCUCUUGCUCAGUUGUGCGCCGGGGCCUCCCACUCCUCUUUCUAUUCUGGUUAGAGCCAGUUUGCGCUGUUCUGUGAAGAGAGUAGUACACAGCGUUGUACGAGAUCUUCAGUUUCUUGGCAAUUUCUCGCAUGGAAUAACCUUCAUUUCUCAGAACAAGAAUAGACUGACGAGUUUCAGAAGAAAGUUAUUUGUUUCUGGGCAUUUUGGCCUGUUAUAAAACCCACAAUUGCUGAUGCUCCAGAUACUCAACUAGUCUCAAGAAGGCCAGUUUUAUUGCUUCUUUAAUCAGCACAACAGUUUUCAGCUGUGCUAACAUAAUUGCAAAAGGGUUUUCUAAUUAGCAAACACAACGUGCCAUUGGAACACAGGACUGAUGGUUGCUGAUAAUGGGCCUCUGUACGCCUAUGUAGAUAUUCCAUAAAAAAUCUGUCGUUUCCAGCUACAAUAACCAUUUACAACAUUAACAAUGUCUACACUGUAUUUCUGAUCCAUUUGAUGUUAUUUUAAAAUGGACAAAAAAAAUGGCUUUUCUUUCGAAAACAAGGACAUUUCUAAGUGACCCCAAACUUUUGCACGGUAGUGUAUAUACACUGAACAAAAAUAUAAAAUCAACAUGUAAAGUGGUGAUCCCAUUUUUCAUGAGCUGAAAUAAAAGAUCCCAGAUAUUUUCCAUACGCACAAAAAGCUUAUUUCGCACAAAUUGUGCGCACAAAUUUGUUUACUUCCCUGUUAGUGAGCAUUUCUCCUUUGCUAAGAUAAUUCAUCCACCUGACAGGUGUGGCAUAUCAAUAAGCUGAUUAAACAGCAUGGUCAUUACACAGGUGCACCUUGUGCUGGGACAAUAAAAGACCACUCUACAAUGUGCGGUUUUGUCACAAAACACAAUGCCACAGAUGUCUCAAGUUUUUAGGGAGCAUACAAUUGGCAUGCUGGCUGCAGGAGUGUCCACCAGAGCUGUUGAAUGUUCAUUUCUCUACUAAAACGUUGUGUUUUAGAGAAUUUAGCAGUACGUCAAACUGGCCUCACAACCGCAGACCAUGUGUAACCAUGCCAGCCCAGGACCUCCACAUCCAGUUUCUUCAUCUGCGGGAUCGUUUGAGACCAGCCACCCGGACAGCUGAUGAAACUGUGUCUUUGCAACCGAAGAAUUUCUGCACAAACUGUCAGAAACCGUCUCAGGGAAGCUCAUCUGCGUGCUCGUCGUCCUCACCAGAUCGGUGUCGUAACCAACUUCAGUGGUCAAAUGCUCACCUUCGAUGGCCACUGGUACGCUGGUAUCACGGAUGAAUCCCGGUUUCAACUGUACCGGGCAGAUGGCGUCUUGUGGGCGAGCGAUUUGCUGAUGUCAACUGUUGUGAACAGAGUGCCCCAUGGUGGCAGUGGGGUUAUGAUAUGGGCAGGCAUAAGCUACGGACAAUGAACACAAUUGUAUUUUAUCGAUGUCAAUUUGAAUGCACAGAGAUACAGUGAUGAGAUCCUGAGGUCCAUUGUCGUGCCAUUCAUCCGCCGCCAUCACCUCAUGUUUCAGCAUGAUAAUGCACGACCCCAUGUCGCAAGGAUCUGUACACAAUUCCUGGAAGCUGAAAAUGUCCCAGUUCUUCCAAGGCCUGAAUACUCACCAUACAUGUCACCCAUUGAGCAUGUUUGGGAUGCUCUGGAUCGACGUGUACGACAGCGUGUUCCAGUUCCCGCCAAUAUCCAGCAACUUCACACAGCCAUUGAAGAGGAGUGGGACAACAUUCCACAGGCCACAAUCAACAGCCUGAUCAACUCUAUGCGAAGGAGAGGUGUCGCGCUGCAUGAGGCAAAUGGUGGUCACACCAGAUACUCACUGGUUUUCUGAUCCACGCCUCUACUUUUUUUUACAGGUACACUGUAUAUACACAAAAGUAUGAUGAUUCGGCUAUUUCAGCCACACCCGUUGCUGACAGGUGUAGAAAAUCGAGCACACAGCCAUGCAAUCUCCAUAGACAAACAUUGGCAGUAGAAUGGCCGUACUGAAGAGCUCAGUGACUUUCAACGUGGCACCGUCAUAGGAUGCCACCUUUCCAACAAGUAAGUUCGUAAAAUGUCUGCCCUGCUAGAGAUGCCCCGGUCAACUGUAAGUGCUGUUAUUGUGAAGUGGAAACGUCUGGGAGCAACAACGGCUCAGCCGCAAAAUGGUAGGCCACACAAGCUCACAGAACAGGACCGCCGAGUGCUGAAGCGCGUAGAGAGUAAAACUCGUCUGUCCUCGGGUUGCAACACUCUGAAUUCCAAACUGCCUCUGGAAGCAACGUCAGCACAAGAACUGUUCGUCGGGAGCUUCAUGAAAUGGGUUUCCAUGGCCGCGCAGUGGCACACAAGCCUAAUAUCACCAUGCCCAAUGCCAAGCGUCGGCUGGAGUGGUGUAAAGCUGACUCUUGGACUCUGGAGCAGUGGAAACGCGUUCUUUGGAGUGAUGAAUCAUGCUUCACCAUCUGGCAGUCCGACGGACAAAUCUGGGUUUGGCGGAUGCCAGGAGAACGCUACCUGCCCCAAUGUUUGGUCGAGGAGGAAUAAUGGUCUGGGGCUGUUUUUCAUGGUUUGGGCUAGGCCUCUUAGUUCCAGUGAAGGGAAAUCUUAAUGCUACAGCAUACAAUGACAUUCUAGACGAUUCUGUGCUUCCAACUUUGUGGCAACAGUUUGGGGAAGGCCCUUUCCUGUUUCAGCAUGACAAUGCCCCCGUGCACAAAGCAAGGUCCAUACAGAAAUGGUUUGUCGAGAUCGGUAUGGAAUAACUUGACUGGCUUGCACAGAGCCCUGACCUCAACCCCAUCAAAACACCUUUGGGAUUAAUUGGAACGCCGACUGCGAGCCAGGCCUAAUCGCCCAACAUCAGUGCCUGACGUCACUAAUGCUCUUGUGGCUGAAUGGAAGCAAGUCCCUGCAGCAAUGUUCCAACAUCUAGUGGAAAGCCUUCCCAGAAGAGUGGAGGUUGUUAUAGCAGCAAAGGGGGGGGACCAACUCCAUAUUAAUACCCACGAUGUUGGAAUGAGAUGUUUGACGAGCAGGUGUCCACAUACCUUUGGUCAUGUAGUGCAUCUGUGACUAACAGAUGCUUAUCUGUAUUCCCAGUCAUGUGACAUCCAUAGAUUAGGGCCUAAUGAAUGCAUUUAAAUUGACCGAUUUCCUUCUAUGAACAGUAACUCAGUAAAAUCUUUGAAAUUGUUGCAUGUUGCAUUUAGAUUUUUGUUCAGUGUAUAUGUACACACGUACAUGAAUUUGCCUGCAUCUUUAUGUGCACCAAAUUAAUAUCAUAAGCUAAUUUAUUUAGGGCUAAUUCUUCACGUGAGUGGAAAUUCAAAAAUCAGUUGCUAGAUCGCUAUCUCUAAAUAUAUCACCCACUGCUAGUAGCCAUGUGUCCAUGUAAACGUAGCAGUUGCAGCCUCCCGGCCAAUCAGGCCUAUGCAAUCGCUCAGAGCUGAGAAUAAAAAAUUAUACCUACAGAAAUCUGAUAACCUCCUUUCUUCAACUGUGACAACAGGAUAGCUCUGCUUUCCCGCAAAUAUGAUUUUUAAAUGUUAUACAAUUAGAAACCUUUUCUCCCAGAGUAUUUUUUUCCCCGGGAAAGGAGAGAGAGUGGCUGGACAUAGCAGCAGGCCCCAGCGAAACAGGUACAGGGGCAGGCAGGAGAGAGAGUGGCUGGACAUAGCAGCAGGCCCCAGCGAAACAGGUACAGGGGCAGGCAGGAGAGAGAGUGGCUGGACAUAGCAGCAGGCCCCAGCGAACAGGUACAGGGGCAGGCAGGAGAGAGAGUGGCUGGACAUAGCAGCAGGCCCCAGCGAAACAGGUACAGGGGCAGGCAGGAGAGAGAGUGGCUGGACAUAGCAGCAGGCCCCAGCGAAACAGGUACAGGGGCAGGCAGGAGAGAGAGUGGCUGGACAUAGCAGCAGGCCCCAGCGAAACAGGUACAGGGGCAGGCAGGAGAGAGAGUGGCUGGACAUAGCAGCAGGCCCAGCGAAACAGGUACAGGGGCAGGCAGGAGAGAGAGUGGCUGGACAUAGCAGCAGGCCCCAGCGAAACAGGUACAGGGGCAGGCAGGAGAGAGAGUGGCUGGACAUAGCAGCAGGCCCCAGCGAAACAGGUACAGGGGCAGGCAGGAGAGAGAGUGGCUGGACAUAGCAGCAGGCCCAGCGAAACAGGUACAGGGGCAGGCAGGAGGAGAGAGUGGCUGGACAUAGCAGCAGGCCCCAGCGAAACAGGUACAGGGGCAGGCAGGAGAGAGAGGUGGCUGGACAUAGCAGCAGGCCCCAGCGAAACAGGUACAGGGGCAGGCAGGAGAGAGAGUGGCUGGACAUAGCAGCAGGCCCCAGCGAAACAGGUACAGGGGCAGGCAGGAGAGAGAGUGGCUGGACAUAGCAGCAGGCCCCAGCGAAACAGGUACAGGGGCAGGCAGACAUUUCAUUACAGGAACCAUGAGGAUAAUGUGCUUUACUGGUGACCAUGUAGAAUGUGCAGCUCGCACUGAGCCGACCAAUUAAAAAAAUAUACCUCGCACAGCCAAGUCAAAAGGGUUGCAAAAUGCGACUAAAUGGUCGCAGUCUGGAGCCCUGAAAGGACAGGAGAUGAAAGCUUGACACAAACAAUAACCACCUCCAGCAGUAAAGGCUCGGGUUCAUGCUCAGCGCUGCCUUCAAGCCCAAACAGGUAGGGGUGGGCCACACAGCUCUAAACCAAUAGGAUCUCACCAUCAAACAGGUAGGGGUGGUCCACACAGCUCUAAACCAAUAGGAUCUCACCAUCAAACAGGUAGGGAUGGGCCACACAGCUCUAAACCAAUAGGAUCUCACCAUCAAACAGGUAGGGAUGGGCCACACAGCUCUAAACCAAUAGGAUCUCACCAUCAAACAGGUAGGGAUGGGCUACACAGCUCUAAACCAAUAGGAUCUCACCAUCAAACAGGUAGGGGUGGUCCACACAGCUCUAAACCAAUAGGAUCUCACCAUCAAACAGGUAGGGAUGGGCCACACAGCUCUAAACCAAUAGGAUCUCACCAUCAAACAGGUAGGGAUGGGCUACACAGCUCUAAACCAAUAGGAUUCACCAUCAAACAGUAGGGGGGUCCAACACUCAAACAAUAGGAUCUCACUCAAACAGGGGGGCACAGCUCUAAACAAUAGGAUCUCACAUCAAACAGGUAGGGGUGGUCCACACAGCUCUAAACCAAUAGGAUCUCACCAUCAAACAGGUAGGGAUGGGCCACACAGCUCUAACCCAAUAGGAUCUCACCAUCAAACAGGUAGGGAUGGGCUACACAGCUCUAAACCAAUAGGAUCUCACCAUCAAACAGGUAGGGGUGGUCCACACACUUCCUGAGCUGCAUCAGUAUAUUAAGCAGUCUGGUCUUGUUGCCCUGCUCAUUCCCAAAGGCAUCUAGAAACACAACAGCAGUUAGCUACGGUCAGUUGCUUCCCAAUGGAAUAGGUUCAGUUUAAGUUGCUGAUCUCUUACCAACUCCAUUGCUGUCAUUGGCAAGCCAAAUCCAAACUGUUUGGCAUUACCAUUCCAUAAAGACAAGUUGGCAAGAGAGCAGAAACAGACAGCCAACCAGGGCUAGUAUUUCAGAAACAGACAGCCAACCAGGGCUAGUAUUUCAGAAACAGACAGCCAACCAGGGCUAGUAUUUCAGAAACAGACAGCCAACCAGGGCUAGUAUUUCAGAAACAGACAGCCAACCAGGGCUAGUAUUUCAGAAACAGACAGCCAACCAGGGCUAGUAUUUCAGAAACAGACAGCCAACCAGGGCUAGUAUUUCAGAAACAGCCAACCAGGGCUAGUAUUUCAGAAACAGACAGCCAACCAGGGCUAGUAUUUCAGAAACAGACAGCCAACCAGGGCUAGUAUUUCAGAAACAGACAGCCAACCAGGGCUAGUAUUUCAGUCUCACACAGGUCCUUCAUGAGUAUAGCCUUAUAAUAUCUCUUCUGCAAGGCAGACAGGCCGUGGUACAUCAGGAUCUCCGUCUUCAUGGGGAGGUCAGCUGCUACCUCCGCCUUUACCCUCCUCAGCAGGAAGGGCUGCAGCACACUCUGGAGAGCACUGGCUGGAGAGAGAUACACAGAGAACACUGCUGUCAGACAUGUCGGGUUCACAGAGAUUCAGUCUUUAUCAUGAUGAUGGAGCUGCCCGCUUGGUUUCAAUGGGACUUCCUGGAUAAAUAAAAAGGUUCAAUCAAAUAAUAAAAAGUACACAUACACUUAGGGUUGUGGCGGUCAGGACAUUUCGUCAGCCGGUGAUUGGUCAAGCAAAUAACUGCCGGUCUCACGGUAACUGACCGUUAAUUAACAUAAACACAUUUAGCAUCUCCUGGCUUCCACACACAGCCUACAAGCCACUGAUGCAGACCUUUGGAACAUCUACAUUUUAAAAAGUCUAAUAAAUCCAUGUAAUAUAGCCUACACCUUCACAAUAAAUCCAUUAUUUAUUUUAGACAGGUCUAAAGAAAAAAGAUAUGAAGAAAAUGUAGUCUAUUUCAGAAGAACAGAAUAGCAUACUGAGUCGUCCUUAUGUUAGGUCCUGAUUUUUUACAUUUACAUUUUAGUCAUUUAGCAGACGCUCUUAUCCAGAGCGACUUGCAGUUAGUGAAUGCAUAAAUUUUUCAUACUGGCCCCCCGUGGGAAACGAACCCACAACCCUGGCGUUGCAAGCGCCAUGCUCUACCAACUGAGCUACAGGAGGCCUGAUCUGGCUAUGCCAUAUGGCUGUGGGCUACACUCAUUUAGCAGACAAGAUUUGCUUAGAAUUCCGUGGCGGUAUUUAUAGUAUUUUAUAGUAUGAAGAAUACAACUGAACAAAGCUGAAUAAAAUAGAAAGGAUAUUUUCUCCAAACGAUUUGAGGGAGUGUGCACAUGUGGCUAUUCUGUGUUGAGCGGUUAACAAUGAAACAGGUCCUCCUAUAUGCUUAAUUAAGAGUUAUUAAUGCAACUUUAGUUGUGAUAAUGUUGGCCUAUAUGUUUUGAUUUUUAAUACAUUGUAAGGCUGCAUGAUGAGACUAAUGAUGAUUUGAAAAAAGUCUCUUGAAAGGCAUGAGCUCUGCUUUGUUUUUUGCGCAGGCUGUACACACUUCAUCAGUCUCUCAUUCACAAUUUGACAAGCACUUGAUAAUGCCUCGAAUUUCACGGCACAUCCACUUUGUGGCAGUAAUGCACCCUAAAACAAUCCAUGCCUUUUGCGGCCCAGAGUGCUGCGCUGUGCCCUUCUCCCUGACCGUGCUGCGCAAUCCGAAACGUCUCUCACUCAUACGGCUCUCCGUCACUUUAUGGGGUCUUUCUCACUGGCUACAAGUAAAAACAAUUUUUUUUUUCCUUUUUUUUUGUCAUUUAGCAGACGCUCUUAUCCAGAGCGACUUACAGGAGCAAUUAGGGUUAAGUGCCUUGCUCAAGGGCACAUCGACAGAUUUUUCACCUAGUCGGCUCGGGGAUUAGAACCAGCGACCUUUCGGUUACUGGCACAACGCUCUUAACCACUAAGCUACCUGCCGCCCCAGUUAAGACAGACACAUCGGGGACGCAACUGCGCACGUCCUUAUCCAAUUCCGAGGUACAUAUUGCAGAUGUUGGAAGAACUGUCCACAUUUACUUUUCGUCAGCCAACAAGAUGAGUAGGCCUAACGAACAGCAAAAGGACUAGCCUAUGUCAAUCUACUGAUGGGUUCUUACUUAUAAACUAGAAAUAUCCUUAAUCAUGUCACAGGGGGAGAGAGAGGAAUACAGGACGUGUAAGUACUGGCAGAACAUGUUAUUGUUAAUUAUCAAGUAUCCUAUGGAAAUGAGGAGCGCCAUAGUCUGGUUUCUACACCAGAAGUUGAUGGUUAUCAGUAGGAGGAAUGUAUAUGGUGGACGCAAUCACAUGGUUGCAGUCACUGAUACGGGUGGAGAGCUGUGGAUCAGUGAGGAGUGAGGUCAGGUCAGGUCACAUUAAGGGAGAAGGAGCAGUUUAUUGUCUGCAUCACUUAACUUCCUGCCUAGCAAUAAACAUGUAAUGUUUAGAGGGAAAGGAGGAUACUUCACCCAAAUUGGUAUAUAUAUUUACAUUUUAGUCAUUGUGGAAACAGGUCUAUUUUUUUUUUUUUUUUUUUUUUUUAGGGGGUAGAUCAGCUUUAAUAUUGCAGAUAGAUUGUAGCUUCCAUCAAUGUAAUUGUCUGCAUCACUUCCAAUCCCCCAUAUGGUUUUUUUUAGGGGGUAGAUCAGCUUUAAAUAUUGCAGAUAGAUUGUAGCUUCCAUCAAUCUAAUUGUCUGCAUCACUUCCAAUCCCCCGUGGUUUUUUUCUCGCCUAUAUACACUGCUCAAAAAGAUAAAGGGAACACUUAAACAACACAAUGUAACUCCAAGUCAAUCACACUUCUGUGAAAUCAAACUGUCCACUUAGGAAGCAACACUGAUUGACAAUACAUUUCACAUGCUGUUGUGCAAAUGGAAUAGACAACAGGUGGAAAUUAUAGGCAAUUAGCAAGACACCCCCAAUAAAGGAGUGGUUCUGCAGGUGGUGACCACAGACCACUUCUCAGUUCCUAUGCUUCCUGGCUGAUGUUUUGGUCACUUUUGAAUGCUGGCGGUGCUUUCACUCUAGUGGUAGCAUGAGACGGAGUCUACAACCCACACAAGUGGCUCAGGUAGUGCAGCUCAUCCAGGAUGGCACAUCAAUGCGAGCUGUGGCAAGAAGGUUUGCUGUGUCUGUCAGCGUAGUGUCCAGAGCAUGGAGGCGCUACCAGGAGACAGGCCAGUACAUCAGGAGACAUGGAGGAGGCCGUAGGAGGGCAACAACCCAGCAGCAGGACCGCUAUCUCCGCCUUUGUGCAAGGAGGAGCAGGAGGAGCACUGCCAGAGCCCUGCAAAAUCACCUCCAGCAGGCCACAAAUGUGCAUGUGUCUGCUCAAACGGUCAGAAACAGACUCCAUGAGGGUGGUAUGAGGGCCCGACGUCCACAGGUGGGGGUUGUGCUUACAGCCCAACACCGUGCAGGACGUUUGGCAUUUGCCAGAGAACACCAAGAUUGGCAAAUUCGCCACUGGCGCCCUGUGCUCUUCACAGAUGAAAGCAGGUUCACACUGAGCACAUGUGACAGACGUGACAGAGUCUGGAGACGCCGUGGAGAACGUUCUGCUGCCUGCAACAUCCUCCAGCAUGACCGGUUUGGCGGUGGGUCAGUCAUGGUGUGGGGUGGCAUUUCUUUGGGGGGCCGCACAGCCCUCCAGAGGUAGCCUGACUGCCAUUAGGUACCGAGAUGAGAUCCUCAGACCCCUUGUGAGACCAUAUGCUGGUGCGGUUGGCCCUGGGUUCCUCCUAAUGCAAGACAAUGCUAGACCUCAUGUGGCUGGAGUGUGUCAGCAGUUCCUGCAAGAGGAAGGCAUUGAUGCUAUGGACUGGCCCGCCCGUUCCACCAGACCUGAAUCCAGUUGAGCACAUCUGGGACAUCAUGUCUCGCUCCAUCCACCAACGCCACGUUGCACCACAGACUGUCCAGGAGUUGGCGGAUGCUUUAGUCCAGGUCUGGGAGGAGAUCCCUCAGGAGACCACCCGCCACCUCAUCAGGAGCAUGCCCAGGCGUUGUAGGGAGGUCAUACAGGCACGUGGAGGCCACACACACUACUGAGCCUCAUUUUGACUUGUUUUAAGGACAUUACAUCAAAGUUGGAUCAGCCUGUAGUGUGGUUUUCCACUUUAAUUUUGAGGGUGACUCCAAAUCCAGACCUCCAUGGGUUGAUAAAUUUGAUUUCCAUUGAUAAUUUUUGUGUGAUUUUGUUGUCAGCACAUUCAACUAUGUAAAGAAAAAAUUAUUUAAUAAGAUUAUUUCAUUCAUUCAGAUCUAGGAUGUGUUAUUUUAGUGUUCCCUUUAUUUUUUUGAGCAGUGAAUAUAUAUAUAUAUAUAUAUACAUAUACACACACACACACACACAUACAUAUAUAUAUAUAUAUAAUAUAUGCCAUUUAGCAGACGCUUUUAUCCAAAGCGACUUACAGUGAUGCGUGCAUACAUAUAUUUAUUUUGUGUAUGGGUGGUCCCGGGGCUCGAACCCACUACCUUGGCGUUACAAGCGCCGUGCUCUACCAGCUGAGCUACAGAGUGUGUAUGGAUGUAUACAUACAUCCAUACACACAUCCUUUUUUAAAUGAUAUUUCCCUUCAUUACUUUCCAACCCCACCACCCCUUCCCCAAUUGGAGUAAAUUAUUGAACAACAACGCUUAGGCCUCUACUUCCAGCCCAUACAUACUAUAUACAUUUUAUGGACACAGUCAAAUUCUACAAUAAUUAUAUAUUGUUUGUUUUUACUCCUGAACUUCCUCAGCUACUUGAUUGGAGUCCACCUGUGGUAAAUUCAACUGAUUGGAAAAGACUCUUCCUAGAGCUGGCCGCCCGGCCAAACUGAGCAAUCGGGGGAGAAGGGCCUUGGUCAGGGAGGUGACCAAGAACCUGAUGGUCACUCUGACAGAGCUCCAGAGUUCCUUUGUGGAGAUGGGAGAAUCUUCCAGAAGGACAACCAUCUCCACCUUUAUGGUAGAGUGGCCAGACGGAAGCCAUUCCUCAGUAAAAGGCACAUGACAGCCCGCUUGGAGUUUGCCAAAAGGCACCUAAAGACUCUCUGACCAUGAGAAACAAGAUUCUCUGGUCUGAUGAAAACAAGAUUGAACUCUUUGGCCUGAAUACCAAGCGUCACGUCUGAAAGAAACCUGGCACCAUCCCUACGGUGAAGCACGGUGGCAGCUUCAUGCUGUGGGGAUGUUUUUUUGCGGCAGGGACUGGGAGACUAGUCAGGAUCGUGGGAAAGAUGAACGGAGCAAAGUACAGAGAGAUACUUCAUGAAACCUGUUCCAGAACGGUCAGGACCUCAGACUGGGGCGAAGGUUCACCUUCCAACAGGACAAUAACCCUAAGCACACAGCUAAGGCAAUGCAGGAGUGGCUUAGGGACAAGUCUCUGAAUGUCCUUGAGUGGCCCAUCCAGAGCCCGGACUUGAACCCGAUCGAACAUCUCUGGAGAGACCUGAAAAUAGCUGUGCAGCGACGCUCCCCAUCCAACCUGACAGAGCUUGAGAGGAUCUGCAGAGAAGAAUGGGAGAAACUCCCCAAAUACAGGUGUGCCAAGCUUGUAGCGUCAUACCCAAGAAGUCUCUAGGUUGUAAUCGCUGCCAAAGGUGCUUCAACAAAGUACUGAGUAAAGGGUCUGAAUACUUAUGAAAAUUUGAUAUUUCAGUUUUUUAUUUUUAAUACAUUUGCAAACAUUUCUAAAAAAAACUGUUUUUGCUUUGUCAUUUUGGGGUAUUGCGUGUAGAUUGAUGAGGGGAAAAAACUAUUUAAUCAAUUUUAGAAUAAGGCUGGAAAAAGUCAAGGGGUCUGAAUACUUUCCGAAUGCACAUAAUCCAUAUCUCAAUUGUCCCAAGGCUUAAAAAUCCUUCUUUAACCUGUCUCCUCCCCUUCAUCUACACUGAUUGAAAUGGAUUUAACAAGUGACAUGAAUAAGGGAUCAUAGCUUUCACCUGGAUUAGUCAGUCUAUGUCAUGGAAACAGCAUGUGUUCUUACAUUGCACUGUACACUACCGGUCAAACGUUUUAGAACACAUUUUUACAUUUACAUUUUAGUCAUUUUAGCAGACGCUCUUAUCCAGAGCAACUUACAGGAGCAAUUAGGGUUAAGUGCCUUGCUCAAGGGCACAGACAGAUUUUUCACCUGCCGCCCCUACUCAUUCAAGGGCUUUUCUUUAUUUGUACUAUUUUCUACAUUGUAGAAUAAUAGUGAAGACAUCAACACUAUGAAAUAACACAAUUGGAAUCAUGUAGUAACCAAAAAAGUGUUAAACAAGCUGGUUUGAGAUUCUGGGAGAAUUUCUUUACAUACACUUAGGUUGGAGUCAUUAAAACUCAUUUUUCAACCACUCCACAAAUGUCUUGUUAACAAACUAUAGUUUUGUCAAGUCGGUUAGGACAUCUACUUUGUGCAUGACACAAGUAAUUUUUCCAACAAUUGUUUACAGACAGAUUAUUUCACUUAUAAUUCACUGUAUCACAAUUCCAGUGGGUCAGAAGUUUACAUAAACUAAGUUGACUGCCUUUAAACAGCUUGGAAAAUUCCAGAAAAUGAUGUCAUGGCUUUAGAAGCUUCUGAUAGGCUAAUUGACAUCAUUUGAGUCAAUUGGAGGUGUACCUGUGGAUGUAUUUCAAGGCCUACCUUCAAACUCAGUGCCUCUUUACUUGACAUUAUGGGAAAAUCUAAAGAAAUCAGCCAAGACCUCAGAAGAAAAAUCUGUCUGGUUCAUCCUUGGGAGCAAUUUCCAAACGCCUGAAGGUACCACGUUCAUCUGUACAAACAAUAGUACGCACGUAUAAACACCAUGAAACCACGCAGCCGUCAUACCGCUCAGGAAGGAGACGCGUUCUGUCUCCUAGAGAUGAACGUACUUUGGUGCGAAAAGUGCAAAUCAAUCCCAGAAUAACAGCAAAGGACCUUGUGAAGAUGCUGGAGGAAACAGGUACAAAAGUAUCUAUAUCCACAGUAAAACGAGUCCUAUAUCGACAUAACCUCGCAAAAGUAUUGGUUUCUUGCACAUAAAUAUCAGAAGUCUACUUCCUAAGUUUGAGUUAUUCACUGCGUUAGCACACUCUGCCAACCCUGAUGUUCUAGCAGUGUCUGAAUCCUGGCUCAGGAAGGCCACCAAAAAUUCUGAAAUUUCCAUCCCCAACUAUAACAUUUUCCGUCUAGAUAGAACUGCCAAAGGGGGUGGAGUUGCAAUCUACUGUAGAGAUAGCCUGCAGAGCUCUAUCAUACUAUCCAGGUCUGUGCCCAAACAGUUUGAGCUUCUACUUCUAAAAAUCCACCUUUCCAGAAAUAAGUCUCUCACUGUUGCCGCUUGCUACAGACCCCCCUCAGCCCCCAGCUGUGCCCUGGACACCAUAUGUGAAUUGAUUGCCCCCCAUUUAUCCUCUGAGUUUGUACUGCUUGGUGACCUAAAUUGGGAUAUGCUUAAUACCCCAGCCAUCCUACAAUCCAAGCUAGAUGCCCUCAACCUCACGCAAAUUAUCAACGAACCUACCAGGUACAACCCUAAAUCCUUAAACAUGGGUACCCUCAUAGAUAUCAUCCUGACUAACAUACCCUCUAAAUACACCUCAGCUGUCUUCAACCAGGAUCUCAGCGAUCACUGCCUUAUUGCCUGCGUCCGUAACGGGUCUGCGGUCAAACGACCACCCCUCAUCACUGUCAAACGCUCCCUAAAACACUUUAGCGAGGAGGCCUUCCUAAUUGACCUGGCCCAGGUAUCCUGGAUGGAUAUAGAUCUCAUUCCGUCAGUAGAGGAUGCCUGGUUGUUCCUUAAAAGUAAUUUCCUCUCAAUCUUAAAUAAACAUGCCCCAUUCAAAAAAUACAGAACUAAGAACCGAUAUAGCCCCUGGUUCUCCUCAGACUUGACUGCCCUUGACCAGCACAAAAACAUCCUGUGGCGUACAGCAUUAGCAUCAAAUAGCCCCCGCGAUAUGCAACUUUUCAGGGAAGUUAGGAACCAAUAUACACAAGCAGUCAGGAAAGCAAAGGCUAACUUUUUCAAACAGAAAUUUGCAUCCUGUAGCACUAACUCCAAAAAGUUUUGGGACACUGUAAAGUCCAUGGAGAAUAAGAGCACUUCCUCCCAGCUGCCCACUGCACUGAGGCUAGGAAACACUAUCACCACCGAUAAAUCUACAAUAAUCAAGAAUUUCAACAAGCAUUUUGCUACAGCUGGCCAUGCUUUCCAUCUGGCUACCACUAACCCGGCCACCAACUCUGCACCCUCUGCUGCAACUUGCCCAUGCCCCCCCCGCUUCUCCUUCACACAAAUUCAGACAGCUGAUGUUUUGAAAGCGCUGCAAAAUCUGGACCCCUACAAAUCAGCUGGGCUAGACAAUCUGGACCCUUUCUUUCUAAAACUAGCCGCCGAAAUUGUCGCAACCCCUAUUACUAGUCUGUUCAACCUCUCUUUCAUAACGUCUGAGAUCCCCAGAGAUUGGAAAGCUGCCGCGGUCAUCCCCCUCUUCAAAGGGGGUGACACUCUAGAUCCAAACUGCUACAGACCUAUAUCCAUCCUGCCCUGCCUUUCGAAAGUAUUCGAAAGCCAAGUUAACAAACAGAUCACCGACCAUUUCGAAUACCACCGUACCUUCUCCGCUAUGCAAUCCGGUUUCCGAGCUGGUCACGGGUGCACUUCAGCCACGCUCAAGGUCCUAAACGAUAUUAUAACCACGAUUGAUAAUAGACAGUACUGUGCAGCCGUCUUCAUCGACCUGGCCAAGGCUUUCGACUCUGUCAACCACCGCAUUCUUAUUGGCAGACUAAAUAGCCUUGGUUUCUCAAAUGACUGCCUCGCCUGGUUCACCAACUACUUCUCAGAUAGAGUUCAGUGUGUCAAAUCGGAGGGCCUGUUGUCUGGACCUAUGGCAGUCUCUAUGGGGGUGCCACAGGGUUCAAUUCUUGGGCCGACACUUUUCUCCGUGUAUAUCAAUGAUGUCGCUCUUGCUGCUGGUGACUCUCAGAUCCACCUCUACGCAGACGACACCAUUUUGUAUACAUCUGGCCCUUCAUUGGACACUGUGUUAACAAACCUCCAAACGAGCUUCAAUGCCAUACAACACUCCUUCAGUAGCCUCCAACUGCUCUUAAACACUAGUAAAACUAAAUGCAUGCUUUUCAAUCGAACGCUGCUAGCACCCGCCCACCCGACUAGAAUCACCACUCUCGACGGGUCUGACCUAGAGUAUGUGGACAACUACAAAUAUCUAGGUGUCUGGUUAGACUGUAAACUCAACUUCCAGACUCACAUAAAGAAUCUCCAAUCCAAAGUUAAAUCUAGAAUCGGCUUCCUAUUUCGCAACAAAGCCUCCUUCACUCAUGCUGCCAAACAUGCCCUCGUAAAACUGACUAUCCUACCGAUCCUUGACUUCGGCGAUGUCAUUUACAAAAUAGCCUCCAACACUCUACUCAGCAAAUUGGAUGUAGUCUAUCACAGUGCCAUCCGUUUUGUCUCCAAAGCCCCAUACACUACCCACCACUGUGACCUGUACGCUCUUGUUGGCUGGUCCUCACUACAUGUUCGUCGUCAAACCCACUGGCUCCAGGCCAUCUAUAAAUCACUGCUAGGCAAAUCCCCGCCUUAUCUUAGCUCAUUGGUCACCAUAGCAGCACCCACCCGUAGUCUGCGCUCCAGCAGGUAUAUCUCACUGGUCAUUCCCAAAGCCAACACCUCCUUUGGCCGCCAUUCCUUCCAGUUCUCUGCUGCCAAUGACUGGAACGAAUUGCAAAAAUCUCUGAAGCUGGAGACUCUUAUCUCCCUCAAUAACUUUAAGCAUCAGUUGUCAGAGCACCUUACCGAUCACUGCACCUGUACACAGCCCAUCUGAAAUUAGCCCACCCAACUACCUCAUCCCUAUAUUGUUAUUUAUUUUGCUCUUUUGCACCCCAGUAUCUCUAUUUGCACAUCAUCUCUUGCACAUCUAGCAUUCCAGUGUUAAUACUAUUGUAAUUAUUCUGCACUAUAGCCUAUUUAUUGCCUUACCUCCAUAACUUGCUACAUUUGCACACACUGUAUAUAUAUUUUCUGUUGUAUUUCUGACUUUAUGUUUUUUUUACCCCAUAUGUAACUCUGUGUUGUUUUUAUUGCACUACUUUGCUUUAUCUUGGCCAGGUCGCAGUUGUAAAUGAGAACCUGUUCUCAACUGGCUUCCUGGUUAAAUAAAGGUGAAAUAAAAAAAUAAAAAAAACCUGAAAAGCCGCUCAGUAAGGAAGAAGCCACUGCUCCAAAACCGCCAUAAAAAAGCCAGAGUUCAAGUAACAUACACAUCUCAACAUCAACUGUUCAGAGGGGACUGUGUGAAUCAGGCCUUCAUGGUCGAAUUGCUGCAAAGAAACCACUACUAAAGGACACCAAUAAUAAGAAGAGACUUGCUUGGGCCAAGAAACACGAGCAAUGGACAUUAGACCGGUGGAAAUGUGUCCUUUGGUCUGGAGUCCAAAUUGGAGAUUUGUGGUUCCAACCGCUGUGUCUUUGUGAGACGCGGUGUGGGUGAACGGAUGAUCUCUGCAUGUGUAGUUCCCACCGUAAUGCAUGAAGGAGGAGGUGUUAUGGUGUGGAGGUGCUUUGCUGGUGACACUGUCUGUGAUUUAUUUAGCAUUCAAGGCACACUUAACCAGCAUGGCUACCACAGCAUUCUGCAGCGAUACGCCAUCCCAUCAGGUUUGGGCUUAGUGGGAUUAUCAUAUGUUUUUCAACAGGACAAUGACCCAACACACCUCCAGGCUGUGUAAGGGCUAUUUUACCAAGAAAGAGAGUGAUGGAGUGCUGCAUCAGAUGACCUGGCCUCCACAAUCCCCCGACCUCUACCAAAUUGAGAUGGUUUGGGAUGAGUCGGACCGCAGAGUGAAGGAAAAGCAGCCAACAAGUGCUCAGCGUAUGUGGGAACUCCUUCAAGACUGUUGGAAAAGCAUUCCAGGUGAAGCUGGUUGAGAGAAUGCCAAGAGUGUGCAAAGCUGUCAAGGAAAAGGGUGGCUAUUUCAAGAAUCUGAAAUAUAUUUUGAUUUGUUUAACACUUUUUGGUUACUACAUGAUUCCAUAUGUGUUAUUUCAUAGUUUUGAUGUCUUCACUAUUAUUCUACAAUGGAGAAAACAGUAAAAAUAAAGAAAAACCCUUGAAUGAGUAGGUGUUCUAAAACUUUUGACCGGUAGUGUAUACAGUGAGGGAAAAAAGUAUUUGAUCCCCUGAUGAUUUUGUACAUUUGCCCACUGACAAAGAAAUGAUCCGUGUAUAAUUUUAAUGGUAGGUUUAUUUGAACAGUGAGAGACAGAAUAACAACAAAAAAAUCCAGAAAAACGCAUGUCAAAAAUGUUAUAAAUUGAUUUGCAUUUUAAUGAGGGAAAUAAGUAUUUGACCCCCUCUCAAUCAGAAAGAUUUCUGGCUCCCAGGUGUCUUUUAUACAGGUAACGAGCUGAGAUUAGGAGCACACUCUUAAAGGGAGUGCUCCUAAUCUCAGCUUGUUACCUGUAUAAAAGACACCUGUCCACAGAAGCAAUCAAUCAAUCAGAUUUCAAACUCUCCACCAUGGCCAAGACCAAAGAGCUCUCCAAGGAUGUCAGGGACAAGAUUGUAGACCUACACAAGGCUGGAAAGGGCUACAAGACCAUCGCCAAGCAGCUUGGUGAGAAGGGGACAACAGUUAGAGCGAUUAUUCACAAAUGGAAGAAACACAAAAUAACUGUCAAUCUCCCUCGGCCUGGGGCUCCAUGCAAGAUCUCACCUCAUGGAGUUGCAAUGAUCAUGAGAACGGUGAGGAAUCAGCCCAGAACUACACGGGAGGAUCUUGUCAAUGAUCUCAAGGCAGCUGGGACCAUAGUCACCAAGAAAACAAUUGGUAACACACUAUGCCGUGAAGGACUGAAAUCCUGCAGCGCCCGCAAGGUCCCCCUGCUCAAGAAAGCACAUAUACAUGCCCAUCUGAAGUUUGCCAAUGAACAUCUGAAUGAUUCAGAGGAGUACUGGGUGAAAGUGUUGUGGUCAGAUGAGACCAAAAUGGAGCUCUUUGGCAUCAACUCAACUCGCCGUGUUUGGAGGAGGAGGAAUGCUGCCUAUGACCCCAAGAACACCAUCCCCACCGUCAAACAUGGAGGUGGAAACAUUAUGCUUUGGGGGUGUUUUUCUGCUAAGGGGACAGGACAACUUCACCGCAUCAAAGGGACGAUGGACGGGGCCAUGUACCGUCAAAUCUUGGGUGAGAACCUCCUUCCCUCAGCCAGGGCAUUGAAAAUGGGUCGUGGAUGGGUAUUCCAGCAUGACAAUGACCCAAAACACAUGGCCAAGGCAACAAAGGAGUGGCACAAGAAGAAGCACAUUAAGGUCCUGGAGUGGCCUAGCCAGUCUCCAGACCUUAAUCCCAUAGAAAAUCUGUGGAGGGAGCUGAAGGUUCGAGUUGCCAAACGUCAGCCUCGAAACCUUAAUGACUUGGAGAAGAUCUGCAAAGAGGAGUGGGACAAAAUCCCUCCUGAGAUGUGUGCAAACCUGGUGACCAACUACAAGAAACGUCUGACCUCUGUGAUUGCCAACAAGGGUUUUGCCACCAAGUACUAAGUCAUGUUUUGCAGAGGGCUCAAAUACUUAUUUCCCUCAUUAAAAUGCAAAUAAAUUCAUAACAUUUUUUACAUGCGUUUUUCUGGAUUUUUCUGUUGUUAUUCUGUCUCUCACUGUUCAAAUAAACCUACCAUUAAAAUGAUAGACUGAUCAUUUCUUUGUCAGUGGGCAAACGUACAAAAUCAGCAGGGGAUCAAAUACUUUUUUCCCUCACUGUAUAAGAUAGCAUACUUUUUGAUAAUGUGAUGAGUAAAUUUGAUAGUCACAAUUUAGGCUAAUAACUUAUUUUAAUACGACAAAUCAUUGUAACUGACUAUCAAUAAAAACGACAUUGUCUGGUCCAUAUAAUAGGCCUACGAGACGGGGAAACACAAAUACAAUGACGCCCAUCUGACCUGGAGGAGGAAAUUAUUGUCCAAAAACAAAACUUUCAAGUGGCACUGACCCAACAACGAUAGAGUGAAUGUGCGCACUUCACCGGGGGAUGGCCGAUGCUCUCCGCUGGUGCCAAUAAGAUAGGCUAUACUGUUCGCUCAAUUAAGUUGAGAAUUUUGCUAACUAAAAGACUGAUUAGAGUCUCUUUAUUUUCUUGUCUUUACAGCAAUAGCCAUUUGCUUACAAACGAUGCUUUUCCGUGAUUAUAUUUUGAAAUACUGCGAUAUGUCUGGCUGGGCCUCUACUGUUCACUGACAGUCGCAACUCAACAAUCAUCCAUUUUGUAUUUGCCACGUGCGCUACCCGGAGCCAUGCCGACUGCAGGCUAUGCUACUUUUAAUGAUUUUAUUUAUUUAUGUAUAGACCGGAGUAGGCUAAUUAGACUAUAGGGGAAGCUUAGCCUCCAGGUGUUCAGACCUCCAGUUGUAUAAUAGUGUCCUACCCAGAGUUGGUUGUGUCUGGACCUGGCUGUAAGUGCUAGUGAAGUCCUCAGUCUGGUCUGUGGGGAAGAGACUGGGCUGGAUGAAUGAUAGGAGGCUGUAGAGCUCCGUCAGGUUGUUCUGGAUAGGAGUUCCUGUCAGCAGCACUCUGAAAUCCAGAGAGAACUACAAGAGAGAGAGUGAAAGAGGUGGUAGGCUUGGAGAUGGUAGGAGAAGGAAUGUAGGCUUGGUGAUGGUAGGAGAAGGAAUGCAGGCUUGGUGAUGGUAGGAGAAGGAAUGCAGGCUUGGUGAUGGUAGGAGAAGGAAUGUAGGCUUGGUGAUGGUAGGAGAGGGAAUGCAGGCUUGGUGAUGGUAGGAGAAGGAAUGCAGGCUUGGUGAUGGUAGGAGAAGGAAUGUAGGCUUGGUGAUGGUAGGAGAAGGAAUGUAAGCUUGGUGCUAUAGAUGUAGUAGAAUGUAGGUAGUAAGGGAAGUAGGUGCAGUACCUUUAUCAGAUUACAUCUAGUAGUAUUAGUAGUAGUAUUAUUAUUAUUAGUAGAAGUAGUAGUAUUAGUAGUAUUAAUAGUAGUAGUAGUAAUAGUAGUAGUAUUAUUAGUAUUAGUAGUAGUAGUAGUAGUAGUAGUAUUAGUAGUAGUAUUAGUAGUAGUAAUAGUAGUAGUAGUAGUAAUAGUAGUAGUAGUAGUAUUAGUAUUAGUAGUAGUAGUAGUAGUAGUAGUAGUAGUAGUAUUAUUAUAUAUUAUAUAGUAGUUAGUAGUAGUAUAUGUAUAGUAGUAGUAGUUAGUAGUAGUAUUAGUAGUAGUAUCAGUAUUUAGUAUAGUAGUAUAGUAUAGUAGUAGUAGUAGUAAUAGUAGUAUUAUUAGUAGUAAUAGUAGUAGUAUGUAGUAGUAGUAGUAUUAUUAGUAGUCGUUUAUUAUAGUAGUAUCGUAGUAGUAGUACGUAGUCAGUAUGUCGUCAGUAGUGUAUCGUAUUGUGUAGUAGUAGUCAGUCUUGUUAGUAUUAGUAGUAGUUUAUUAGUGUAGUCAGUAGUAGUAGUGUACGUAGUAUGUAGUAGUCGUCUUAGUACGUAUUUUAGUGUAUUAGUCGUAGUACGAUACUUACUUCGUCGUCUGUACGUUCGUCGUCGUCGUCCUUCGUCCCGUGUCCUUCGUUGUCGUCUUCGUCGUCUUCGUCGUCGUCGUAGUCGUCGUUCGUCUUCAAUUCUUCUUCGUCGUCCGUUCGUCGUCUUCGUCGUACCUCCAUCAGGGUUUUGUGCAACAGGGAGUUGUGGUUCUUCAGUCUGUGAGCCUCAUCAACUACCAAGACCUUCCACUUCCUCCUGCAGAACAGAGACGUGUUAGUUCUGGAUGCUUGACUGACUGUCGUUUUAAAUGCUGAUAGUGGAAUAGUGAUUGCAGACUCACCUUUUCAGGAAUGAGGCAUCUUUGACACAGAGCUGACAAUGAGAGAAAUUAGAAAACAACAUGUUCAGUGUAGAGAAAGACAAUAUUGGAUUACAGGGGGAAAGUAUAUCAACUUGCUACAGACGUUAGACCGCAUUUCCCAUCAAUUAGCAUCAUCACCUCGUAUGUAGUUAGCAGAACAUGGUAGGGUGUGUUGUACCUCAUAUGUAGUUAGCAGAACAUGGUAGGGUGUGUUGUACCUCGUAUGUAGUUAGCAGAACAUGGUAGGGUGUGUUGUACCUCAUAUGUAGUUAGCAGAACAUGGUAGGGUGUGUUGUACCUCGUAUGUAGUUAGCAGAACAUGGUAGGGUGUGUUGUACCUCAUAUGUAGUUAGCAGAACAUGGUAGGGUGUGUUGUCCAUGUCCCUCUGCAGUUCUGCUCUCUUGUCUUUGUCUCCAGAGUAACACAGCACCUUGAGACAGGGGGAUAAGCUGGGAAGACAACAGACAGCACCUUGAGACAGGGGGAUAAGCUGGGAAGACAACAGACAGUCAGCUUUAGCGCCCUGCACUCAUUCUGCAUUAGUAGGACAUUCAUGUUUUGCUUUCCAUAACAACAGGUUCAGACUAAAUGUCUGAAUUCUCAAGAUUAGACCAAUAGUGAUGAGGUGAUGAAUGUGGAGAGAGAGAGUCUCCGCCUAGUAGUUAAAUGAAACCAUGGUAAGAACAGGAAAUAGUUGCAGUGUCGGAGAGAAGUGUACAGUGCAUUAUGUAACAUAACACUAUGUCUAUGUCCCCUAUUACCUGUGCACUAUUAGUUUAUAGGGAUCUGAUCUGCUCUACUGUAGUGCACUACAUAGGGAAUAGGGGCCACUUGUGUUGAAACCUGUUGAAGGCUGUUGAAACCUGUUGAAGGCUGUUGAAACCGGUUGAAACCUGGUGAAACCUAAAGCCUGUUGAAACCGGUUGAAACCUGUUGAAGGCUGUUGAAACCGGUUGAAACCUGUUGCGUUAUCUGACAUAAGACAAUGGUUGUUCUCCUCACCAUUCCAUCUCGCUCCUCCAGUUGUCCAUGACAGACAGUGGGCUGACGACCAGGAACGGCCCGUCCUGCCGCAGGGCCCCUCUCAUGUACAGUAGCAGAGAGAUGGUCUGAGUGAAGGGCCAAACAGACAAGACAACAUCAAUACAAUCCAUAUUAUUGCCUUGUAAUACUGAGUAAAGAAAAUACAUCUGAACCGUUAUUCCAAUAGGUAAGGAUAGGUAUUAAAAGGUGCUAGUAUCCCUAUGGAUGUCCUCCAGAACUAAUAUUCUAUGUGUCCCAAAUGGCAACCUAUUCCCUAUAUAGUGCACUACUUUAGACCAGAGAAUGGCACCCUAUUCCCUAUAUAGUGCACUACUUUUGGCCAGAGCUCUAAGCUGCCAUUUGGGACAAACCCAGCCGCUCACCUGGCAGGUCUUGCCCAGGCCCAUCUCAUCUCCUAGGAUACAUCCCUGCUGGUUGGCCAGGCACUGGGUGAGCCACUGCACUCCGUCCAGCUGAUAGGCUCUCAACUGAAUCCCUGAGGGAAGCAACACAUUUGAUUGGCUGGACGCCAGUCAGUCUAAUAUCGGAACCAAAACGCUGUUGGGAGAGAUAAGUCCAAGUAGCUAGCAAGAUUCUUUAAGACCUCAUAUUCAAUCCUGAAUAGAAUUAUGUAACCGUUUUAUGUUAAGUAGUGAAGUUACUAACAGUGUUGGGGAUGCUACUCCAAGUUACCAAUUACUUCACACUAGAAGUUAAGCUACACUAAAGCUACCCUUUAAAAAUAUAGUUUACUUAACUAAAGUUACUUUGAAAAUGAUUCUAAAUAUGAAAUGUCAUAGAAUACAAAUGGCAAUGCAGAUCACACUAGUCAGUUCAUCACACUAGAGUCAGUUAACAGAAUGUGUAAUGUAUCCUAUUUCAACAGUUAGGCAGGUCUGAUUUCGAAUUUUCAGAUUGCAAGAAUUUCCAGUAGUUAGCGACACUGCUACAUGGCGACAAAAAGUAGCUAAUUAACUACUGAAAACACUACCAAUGAUGUGAUUUCAGUUCAACUACCACCAAGCUAUUGCAAAAUGUAGUUUAAUUACUAGUUGAACACUGUCAGUGCUUACUAACAAGUUAGAUUGUUAGCUAGCUACUACAGAUCCAGUUCCUGUGUGUUGGACAUGUUUAAACCAUGUCUCUGUUGAGCUGGCGGCAAAUGACUGAACCAGUCUCUGUCGUGGGCUAACCAUUAACUUACAUUUACUUUGCUCACAUUCCCCACCACAAACCUUGCAAACCCCACUUCUGCAAAUCUUUCUCAGUCAGACUGCUCUUGGUUUCUUCCGGUACGCUCUGUGGGAAGCUAGCCAUAUUUCCAAAAGCAGAGGAAAGUCGCAGAGAAACAACAAGGAAGAAAGUUUAGCGCCAAACAAACAACACUGUUUACUUCCUGAUCUGAUCACGUCACACAGAGGAGGCGCGGAUUCUUCUUCUUCGAUUAGGUUGAACGGCGGUUGGCCUCCAAUAAACGUUGCAUUACCGCCACCAACUAGACUGGAGUAUAAAUCAUGUAUACUUCGCUUGAAAAAAGGAAAAUAAAUCAACAUAUACCCUACCAUCCAGUGCUUAAUUUGAGCAGGAUCCUGCCAUAAUAGGAUCCAGGCCCCUCUCAGUUUUGGACUGUUUCGUUCGGAACCUAUUUGCCAGGAUCCGGUACCUUUCGUGGCAUGAAACAAUUUUCACUGUUUGCGAUGUAAAAAUUAAAAUAAAAGCGGUCAGAGUUAAUUCGAGUUGCCUCCUCAUUAAUUCUCCUGCCCCCUGAAAAAAAAAAUAUCCUAAUGUGAAAAUGUAGAUUUCCAGCCCACGCCUGAUAUUCGGGCUGGGCCUAGCCAGGGUUUAUGAUUUGCGCAACAUUGUAACCUAGAGACCAACUCAUGGCAGUUGCUGUGGUGCUAGAGAGAGAAGCUUGCCUGUAUCUAUAAAUAAAUAAAAUAAUUCAGAAUACCACACCAGGAGUAGGCCUAUCAUUUAGCCACACAGGAUCAAUAGCUUAUAUUAUUUUUUAAAUAGCGCAACUGUGGAUUGUGUGUAGCCCAAUCACAAGGCCUUGCCUAGAGUCGAACACUUGUCAAAUAUGUCAGUGAAGAAGGCACAGUGAUGCUGAAACGUUGGUGUUUUACCGAAUAAAUUACUGGGCAUUUACAGUUUUUCUCAAUUGCUAAAACACUAAACCCUAUUGUCUGAACCAAAUGCUCAGUUGCCUGAACCCACUGAUUGAAUCAAUCACUCUUUUGGCAAAACCAUAAGCACUUUUCACCUGUUUAGACAUAACUUGCCAACACAUUUUCAUUGUGAUGCACCCGUGCUGCAUAAUGGUGAGCACAGGUGACAAAAGUCAAACACAUUUAGAGCACAGGUGUCACCACUUGAACACAACAACUCAAAAUUGAUCACACUUGUGGCUAAUGAUGUGAGGGAACAUAUACAGUAAGCCAGUUCAGAGAGCACUGGUUUGUGAGGCCCUACAAUGGAUAGAAAUCUGAGAGGAAGAGUUCGUGUGAGAGGAGGUCGAGGUGGUCAGCGAAGACAAAGAACAGUAAUAUCUGAUGAAAUCAGAGCUACUGUGAUUGACCAUGUUCUUGUCCAUGGUAUGAGCAUGAGGGAGGCUGGACAAAGGGUACAACCAAACAUCAGUAGAUUCACUGUGUCCACCAUAAUCCGAAGAUUUAGAGAAGAGAACAGGUAAUUACCUUUUUUUGACAUUAUAGUACAGUAUGUAAAUGUUGACAGCAAUUACUGUAUGACAUACUAUAUACUGUACCACAGUAUACUGUAAGUAAAUAUAUGUUUCAGUACAUCACUGUACCAAUGUACUGUAGUAUUGUAAUGGAGGGUUGGUCUAACUGUUUGUAGGCCUAGUAUUCCAUGUAUAUUUUUUGUAACUCCAUGUUCUCUUUUUGUAGAAUUGAAAGACUGCCACAUGGGGGUGGGAGGACAGGUAUGUGCUCCCCACACCAAGAGACCCUAAUUGUUGAUAUGGUCCGUGAGAACAAUGCCAUUAAACUGAGCGAAAUUCAGCAGAAGAUCAUUGAGGACCAUUUAAAUUGAGGGUAUCAACAGUGUCAGCCUCUCUACUGUUGAUCGUGUCCUCAAGCGCAACAGACUGCGCAUGAAACAGCUAUACAGAGUGCCCUUUGAUCGCAACUCAGACAGAGUCAAAGAGCAAAGAUUCCAGUAUGUACAGGUUGGCAUAUAUCCAGACACAUUCAAUGUUGAUUACUCUAAGUAGUGAUUUACUGUAGUGGCCUAAAUCACUUUUUCCGUAUCACUUACAAAACUAUAUCUAUUUCUACAGAGGGUUUUUCAACUGGAUGCAAUGGAAAGACCCCAUCAAUACAUCUACAUGGAUGAAGCUGGGUUUAAUCUCACCAAAAGGAGAAGGAGAGGCCGUAAUGUGAUUGGCCAUCGGGCCAUUGUUGGUGUUCCUGGGCAGCGUGGUGGCAAUGUCACAUUAUGUGCUGCCAUCAGCAAUCAUGGGGUUGUCCACCAUCAUGCCAACCUGGGGCCCUACAACACUCACCAGCUCCUCAUUUUCCUCAAUCACAUGCGAGAUGCUUUGUUAGGGCAGCAGGAUGAGCAUCCCAUCUAUGUUGUUGUUUGGGACAAUGUGAGUUUUCACAGAGCCCUCCAGGUUAGAGAGUGGUACAAUAUGAACCAAGGUUUUAUCAAUCUUUGCCUUCCACCGUACUCCCCUUUCCUAAACCCCAUUGAGGAAUUCUUCUCCUCAUGGCGGUGGAAGGUAUAUGAACGCCAACCUUACACCAGGGUAAAUCUCCUGCAAGCCAUGGGACUUGCCUGUGGUGACAUAGGUGUGGAGGCAUGCCAAGCCUGGAUACGGCAUGCCAGGGUUUUUUUCCCCCGUUGCCUGGCCAGACAAAAUGUGGCCUGUGAUGUGGAUGAAGUCCUGUGGCCUGACCCAGUACGGAGACAUGAUGCUGUGGCUGAGUAAUGCACUUAUUUGUAUAUUUUUGUACUUUAUUUUUACAUGGGCUUACUGUACACAAGUGGCAAACGCAUAAGAUUUCUGUUUGUUUUUACAAGUGCUACAUGUAAAUGCACAAGAUUUCUGUUUUGUCUUUUUGUACAAGUGUUAAAUGCACAGGUUUUUUUUGUUUUGCAACAUGCAUUUAGCCUACAGUGAACAAUAAACAUUUAUUUCUCCAGCUUCAUGUCCUGAGCAUUGUGUUUUCUAUUUUUCUACGUAGUGUUUAGUGACUGUUCAGUAGUGUUUUUUAUUUUGAUUGACUCGGGGCACGAUUUGACAACAUAGUUCAGUUUUGAGCACAGAUUGAACUGUUUUGAGGUGAAAGUUUGGUUUUGCAAGAAGAGUCUGAGGUUUUGUGAAUGUAGCUUGAAAAUUGGGUUUUGUGUUCACAGUUAAGAGAAAAGGAGAGCAGCUUUCAAGAAAUGUGUCUUAGCAAUCGAGAGAGAGAGAGAGAGAAGGAGAGAGAGAGAGAGAGAGAGAGAGAGAGAGAGAACGCGUAUAUAUAGAGUCUUCACCUGCGGGAUCGUCUGAGACCAGCCACCCAGACAGCUGUCGAAACUGUGGGUUUGCACAACCAAAUAAUUUCUGCAUAAACUGUCAGAAACCGUUUCAGGGAAGCUCAUCUGCGUGCUCGUCGUCCUCACCAGGGUCUUGACCUGACUGCAGUUCGGUGUCAUAACCGACUUCGAUGGCCACUGGCACACUGGAGAAGUGUGCUCUUCAUGGAUGAAUCCCGGUUUCAACGGUACUGGGUAGACAGCGUGUGCGGUUUGCUGAUGUCAACGUUGUGAACAGAGUGCCCCAUGGUGGCGGUGGGGUUAUGGUAUGGGCAGGCAUAAGCUACGGACAACGAGCACAAUUGCAUUUUGUCAAUGGCAUUUUGAAUGCACAGAGAUACCAUGACAAGAUCCUGAGGCCCAUUGUAGAGCCAUUCAUCUGCCACCAAGGAUCUGUACACAAUUCCUGGAAGCUGAGAAUGUCCCAGUUCUUCCAUGGCCUGCCUACUCACCAAACCUGUCACCUAUUAGAUCAAAGAUUAGCUCAGAUUAUGAUAAAUGCUCAACAUUUUACCUCACUCCCUCAGCCAGUCUCCUCUCUUUGGGUCUUGCUGACAGGAUCAUCAUCCUGUUUAAAGGGCCUGGCUUCAAACCCUAGGAAUAUCAAGGGGCACUUAGAUCAUCAAAUUCACAUCACUCAUUUAUAUUAUUCAUAUUAGCCUUCAAUAACCAUCCACACAGCCUUACCAUUGUUCUUCGCUUGUGCCACCUCUGCUCAAUCUCAGUGCAACUAUGGACGGGGGAACCGCACCGAUCCCAAAUUGAGAGGUGUUGUCUGGUAGAGACCCAGCAGCACAGGACCAGCGGCAGAGGGCCUGGAUGACAGGGCGUGAGUCCUUUAACAGAAGGUGUGAAGGUAAUGAAAGGAUAAAACAACCAUUCUCAGCAAUAACAGUGAUGUUCAAAUGUAGGUAAGUCAACAAACCAAGAACAAUGGAAACUCAGAGAAAAAGAAUCAUCAAACUAGUUUCUGGGGAGCCUUUCCAAAAUGUACACCUUAAGUGAAUUAUUUACAAUACACUGUGUGGGAAAUUAUUCUCUUAUAUUUUAGAUGUGCUGUUAGCUUAAUAAGAAAGCAUUAAUGAUUAAACAUAAUAGGUUUGUGCUGUACUGAUAUAGUUUGGUCAACAUAACAAGCUGUGAUUAAUGUGAGGAACCGUUAGGGAGUAGGGUGAGAUAAGGCUUGUGUCUCACACAGACACAAACACUGCCUCUUUGUUAAACCGCUCAAGGACAUGUGUUCUGCUACAAAGAUGUCUGAGGUUGCUGACUCUCUGGACAAGCUGCAGAUAACAACUUAUGCCUGGCAACAGUGAAGCGCCAAGGGGCUGGGACCAGCCUGUGCGCCAACGAUAGGCUGAGUAAGUCUAAACCACGCUCAGUCUCUACUCUGAUAGGCCAGCAGGGAGCGGGAACUAUCUCUGUCAGAGUAUUUAAAGAAGAACUCAUAACAAUGGACCAGUUCUCUGUCUGCCCUGCGUGGUAUUUCAGUGGACCUGUAUAUACAAACAUCAUAUUUACCAUUGAAGUGUUUUGCAUUAAUUAAAAUACUAGUCUAUUUUAGAAGAUGUGUAUUGACCUCUUUUUGUUCCAAUACCAGAUUUGAAUUGACGCAACUUAUCAACUGUUAAACUGGACUAUGUCGACUACACUAUCUAGCUAAUCAAUUUCCAAGUAGCCUUGCCAAGCCAUUAUUUUUAGACACUUAUGAAUCCCCAGGAACUUGUUUGUAACAGCCAGAACAGUAAAGCUUUGUGCUUGUUGUAUUCAUCCUACUCUCAAACUGUUUGGCUUCUCAGAUCAUGCUGAUCUCUCCUGUCACAUGAUCUUUGUUGGAAACUGAGAAAUACAAAUCAAACAACUUAACCUUUUUGUAAAAAUUACUGCAUAUCAAUAUCAAAAUCAAGGGGAACUGACCCAAUAACAAAUGGGUCGUUUUAAACCCACUAGAUGAUAAUAACGAAUAAUAUUAUGUAAAGUAUAGCUAGCGAGAUAACUAGCUAGUUAAGGAUCCCCACCCUCGUAGUUGUCGAUGUAACUCGAUAUAUUCAUCUUAAAUCCCUUUCCUUUUUUUUCUUUUUGAAGCAACAGCUGAUGCUCUACAUGCACACAGCAGCUUCCACACUGACCUCUAGAGGCUGCAGCUUCCACACUGACCUCUAGAGGCUGCAGCUUCCACACUGACCUCUAGAGGCUGCAGCUUCCACACUGUGACCUCUAAAGGCUGCAGCUUCCACACUGUGACCUCUAGAGGCUGCAGCUUCCACACUGACCUCUAGAGGCUGCAGCUUCCACACUGUGACCUCUAGAGGCUGCAGCUUCCACACUGACUUCUAGAGGCUGCAGCUUCCACACUGACCUCUAAAGGCUGCAGCUUCCACACUGACCUCUAGAGGCUGCAGCUUCCACACUGGACUUCUAGAGGCUGCAGCUUCCACACUGACCUCUAGAGGCUGCAGCUUCCACACUGACCUCUAAGGCGCAGCUUCCACACUGACCUCUAAAGGCUGCAGCUUCCACACUGGACUUCUAGAGGCUGCAGCUUCCACACUGACCUCUAGAGGCUGCAGCUUCCACACGUGACCUCUAGAGGCUGCAGCUUCUCCACACUGACCUCUAGAGGCUGCAGCUUCCACACUGACCUCUAAAGGCUGCAGCUUCCACACUGACCUCUAGAGGCUGCAGCUUCCACACUGUGACCUCUAGAGGCUGCAGCUUCCACACUGACCUCUAGAGGCUGCAGCUUCCACACUGACCUCUAGAGGCUGCAGCUUCCACACUGUGACCUCUAGAGGCUGCAGCUUCCACACUGUGACCUCUAUAGGCUGCAGCUUCACCGACCUCUAGAGGCUGCGUGUCCCACUGACUCUAAGGCUGCAGCUUCCACACUGACCUCUAAAGGCUGCAGCUUCCACACUGUGACCUCUAGAGGCUGCAGCUCCACAUGACCUCUAGAGGCUGCAGCUUCCACACUGACCUCUAGAGGCUGCAGCUUCCACACUGACCUCUAGAGGCUGCAGCUUCCACACUGACCUCUAGAGGCUGCAGCUUCCACACUGACCUCUAAAGGCUGCAGCUUCCACACUGUGAACCUCUAGAGGCUUGCAGCUUCCACACUGUGACCUCUAGAGGCUGCAGCUUCCACACUGUGACCUCUAGAGGCUGCAGCUUCCACACUGUGACUUCUAGAGGCUGCAGCUUCCACACUGUGACCUCUAGAGGCUGCAGCUUCCACACUGUGACCUCUAGAGGCUGCAGCUUCCACACUGUGACCUCUAGAGGCUGAAGCUUCCACACUGUGACUUCUAGAGGCUGCAGCUUCCACACUGUGACCUCUAGAGGCUGCAGCUCCACACUGUGACUUCUAGAGGGCUGCAGCUUCCACACUGUGUCCUCUAUAGGCUGCAGCUUCCACACUGUGACUUCUAGAGGCUGCAGCUUCCACACUGUGACCUCUAGAGGCUGCAGCUUCCACACUGUGACCUCUAGAGGCUGCAGCUUCCACACUGUGACUUCUAGAGGCUGCAGCUUCCACACUGUGACCUCUAGAGGCUGCAGCUUCCACACUGUGACCUCUAGAGGCUGCAGCUUCCACACUGUGACCUCUAGAGGCUGCAGCUUCCACACUGUGACCUCUAGAGGCUGUUUCCAUUGUGCCCUUAGAUUCAUUCCUGGUGAUGGUUCUAGAACUCACCAUUGUGUUUUGUGUCAAAAGGUGGUUGGGCCUCUCUGUAUGUAAGAAGAGAGCAGCAUUCCCUUCUGUUUAUUUACAAAGCGCUCCUGCAGAAACUUCCGAUGUAUCUGACAACACUAAUCAAUGUCAAAGCAAUAGAAUACAGUACAAGAGCACCAUAUUGGAUAGUGCUAGAAGUUCCAAGGGUGGCUUCUGAUUUAGGGAGAGCUGCUUUGGGGUUUUAUGCUCCACAGAUGUGGAAUGUGUUGCAGGGGAGGCUCAGGCCUGAAUGUGUUGCAGGAGAGGCUCAGGCCUGAAUGUGUUGCAGGAGAGGCUCAGGCCUGAAUGUGUUGCAGGAGAGGCUCAGGCCUGAAUGUGUUGCAGGGGAGGCUCAGGCCUGAAUGUGUUGCAGGGGAGGCUCAGGCCUGAAUGUGUUGCAGGGGAGGCUCAGGCCUGAAUGUGUUGCAGGGGAGGCUCAGGCCUGAAUGUGUUGCAGGGGAGGCUCAGGCCUGAAUGUGUUGCAGGGGAGGCUCAGGCCUGAAUGUGUUGCAGGGGAGGCUCAGGCCUGAAUGUGUUGCAGGGGAGGCUCAGGCCUGAAUGCCUGUUGCCCUUUAGGGAAUUUAAAACAUAACUGGGGAAUGCUCUAAGUGAAGAUUGUGUUAGUUUUUUAUGAUCAUAUUUUGUAAUUUAGUAUUUUAUUGUGUUUUAUAUUGAUGUGGUCCUCUGUAGCUCAAUUGGUAGAGCAUGGCGCUUGUAACGCCAGGGUAGUGGGUUCAAUCCCCGGGACCACCCAUAUGUAAAAAUGUAUGCACACAUAACUGUAAGUCACUUUGGAUAAAAGCGUCUGCUAAAUGGCAUAUUAUUAUUAUUAUUAUUAUGUGUGUGUUUGUAUUGUGCAGGGACUUGGUCUCAAUAUGACACCCUGUUAAAAUAAAGGUUAAUAACAUUAACAGUUUAUGUGAGUGUUAAAUAAUGUAUGUAUCAGUGGUAAAGCACAACAAAUACAGGCACACUGUAGCUCUCAUAGUCAAGGUAGGUCUGUUGAUAUGGAUUUGUUGCAGCCUCCAUUACAUACAACGUACACUAGAUGGGAUCCUUGCACUGCAUGUCAUUUUGUAGUCGUAUUGUUGUUUUCCUGUAUAGUCCGGAAGUAUAGAGUUCCCCGCCCCGGUUGCAGUUGCACAGCGCCCGCCAGUAUCCCAAGAUUCCGCUGUUUCUGCUUUGACCUCGCCGAUAACGGAGUGGAUAGUGUAAGUAGUGUUGUAUACUCUGCGUGGUGGAUGAUGGCCGCUUCAAAGCCCGUUGAGCCGCAGUCCGGGAGCAGUCUCCCCCGCUGGCAGCUGGCCCUCCUGAUCGGUACCCCCAUAGUACUGGGUGUAGGAGCUGUUUACAUGUGGAACCGCAGCAAGACGAAGGACUCACCGGGGAAACGGGAUGGGGAACGGACAACUCCAGAAGGCAGCGCUAGCCCCAUCCAGGGCCAAGACGGCGCAGCUAACCGAGCUAGUCGUGAGCAGGAGGACAUGGUAUGAAUCUCAGGCUCUCCUAGAUAUAACUCUGCUUUGGUUCAGUUUUCCUGCCCAGAGUGGUACUAGCUAUAACACUAAAUCCUUGUUCCUUGAGUAUAAUUUGUUCGGUACCGAAAUACAUUCAAGGACAUGUCAAUGAAUCCCACCUACAUUUAGCAGAUGGCCGCAAACUAUCUAGGUAACUAGCUAGAAUGGUAAAAAAAACUAACGUUAACUAGCUACCUAAAUAACAAUUUCAAUGAAGUAAACUAAUUGGGUUACACAGUCAUAUUUGUCGUGGUAUGAGCAAACAUGUCAAAUAGGACGGGGUAACAGUUAGACGCCAGGCAAGGUGAACUGCGAGCCAAGCACGUUUUACUAAUGCUACAGUGCCUUCAGAAUGUAGUAAUACCCCUUGACUUAUUCCACUUUGUUGUUACAGCCUGAUUUCAACAUGGAUUAAAUAUGUUUUCUCACCCAUUUACACCCAACAAUCCAUAAGGACAAAGUGAAAAAAAUGUUUUUAGCAAAUUCUUUGAAAAUGAAAUAUAAAAAUAUCAAAUUUACCUAACUAUUCACACCCCUGAGUCAAAGAACAAUGAGCCAGAUAUUUCACUGGAUGUAUAAAUGUGAAGCAUCCGGUUGCGUUUCCACUCACUACCAAAUAUGGUGAUGAGAGGAAGCCCAGUAGCCGGAAGUGGGAGAAGAUAUAUCAAGAUGGAUUUCUCCCUACAUUCUACAAAUUUCCUCAUUGAUUAAACAUUUGAUCUCCAUACAGUUUUCUGUUUCCAAAACUAGAAUCUGUAACAAACAGUGGACUGCGUUUUGUAGACUUUAGCCUUUGCCAAAGUUUUUUUUAAUGGCAUUCUUUGGAAGGAGCGCCAGGGCGAAUUGAAUUAUUGCCACGUGCUCUUCACAGAGUAGGAGUUCCUUAACGGAAAUAUGCAAAUAAAUGCUAGAACGCACCAAUAGGAUCUCACUAGCUCGUGGUUGGCUCUGCCCACCUCCUUGCUUGUUCUAAUUGGCUCCCAUUGGAAACGACAGGCUCUGGUCUAUCUUGAGUUAGUUAUACUAAUCUUUGCCUGAGUCAAUACUUUGUGGAAGCACCUUUGGCAGCGAUUACAGCUGUGAGUCUUUCUGGGUAAGUCUCUAAGAGCUUUCCACACCUGGAUUGUGCCACUUUUGGCCAUUAUUCUUCAAGCUCUGUCAAAUUGGUUGUUGAUCAUUGCUAGACAACCAUUUUCAGGUUUUGCCAUAGAUUUCCAAGUAGAUUGAAGUCAAAACUGUAACUCGGCCACUCAGGAACAUUCACUGUCUACUUGGUAACCAACUCCAGUGUAGAUUUGGCCUUGUGUUUUAGAUUAUUGUCCUGCUGAAAGGUGAAGUCAUCUCCCAGUGUCUGGUGGAAAGCAGACUGAACCAGGUUUUCUUUGAGGAUUCUGCCAUUCUUUUAAUUUUUUUAUCCUGAAAACCUCCCCAGUCCUUAACGAUGACAAGCAGACCCAUAACAUGAUGCAGCCACCACUAUGCUUGAAAUGGAGGGUGGUACUCAGUAUUGGAUUGGAUUUGCCCCAAACAUAACACUUUGUAUUCAAGACAAAAAGUGGAUGCCUUGUUGGAAACAGGUUGCAUGUUUUGGAAUAUUUGUAUUCUGUACAGGCUUCCUUCUUUUCACUCUGUCAUUUAGGUUAGUAUUUUGGAAUAACUACAAUGUUGUUGAUCCAGCCUCAGUUUUCUCCUAUCACAGCCAUUAAACUCUGUAACUGUUUUAAAGUCACCAUUGGCCUCAUGGUGAAAUCCCUUAGCGGUUUCCUUCUUCUCCGGCAAAUGAGUUAGGAAGGAUGCCUGUAUCUUUGUAGUGACUGGGUGUAUUGAUACACCAUCCAAAGUGUAACUAAUAACUUCACCAUGCUCAAAGGGAUAUUCAAUGUCUGCUAUUUACAUUUUUACCCAUCUACCAAUAGGUGCCCUUCUUUGGAAAACCUCCCUGGUCUUUGUGGUUGAAUCUGUUUUGAAAUUCACUGCUUGACUGAGGGACCAUACAGAUAAUUGUAUUCAUUAAAAAUUAUGUUAAACACUUUUUUUGCACACCGAGUGAAUCCAUGCAACUUUAUUAUGACUUGUUAAGCACAUUUUUACUCCUGAACUUAUUUAGCGGUUGAAUACUUAUUGACUCGAGACAUAUCAGCUUUUCAUUUUUUUAUUAAUUUGUAACAAUUUCCAAAAAUAAAAUUCCUCUUUGACAUUAUGGGGUGUUGUGUUUAGGCCAGUGACAAAAACAUCUAAAUUUUAUCAAUUUUAAAUUCAGGCUGUAACGCAACAAAAUGUGGGAAAAGUCAAGGGGUGUGAAUAUUUUCCGAAGGCAUUGUAGCUAGCUGUCACCUUGCGUUUCCAUUCGUUUACUCAUUAGCUAACAAGUCAAUCACCACACACUACAGCUAGUCAGAACACCUGUUCAUUGGAACAUAUUGAUUGAUUGAAUGGCCUCUGUGAUUCCCCUUGUUCCCAAGGUCGGUAAGGGGACAGAUCUUAAUUGGUUCAGACAGGGAAGGGUUUGCCAGUCAAACAAAAAGUCUGAUCCUAAAUCUGCAUUUAAGGGUAGAUGCAUAGUUCUGAAAUCUUGUUGUGCUACUUGCUAGCACACAUUCACACAACCCAAUCAAUGUCCACAGUCAGUGUUGUGUAGAAACCUUCCAAUGCACUGCCUCACUCCACUUUGAGGUCAUUUGUAACCUGCUAGCUAGCUACACCCAACAUCAGCCCACAGUUCAAAGUCUCUCCUCAUUUGAAUGAAUUCACCCACAGAAGUGAUCUGUCUGUGAUGAGCCUAAAGCCUAGCUAUCCAGGUGAGCUGCCAAUGAGUAAGGCACACAAUCAUACCAUUAUUGUGGAUAGUCAGAUUAAUAUAAUAGUUUAAAACAUUUGCAUGGUUUGCAAGAAGGAUUUCCCUAAUAAUCCUGUUUCCAUGGACACAUCUGAAAUCAGGCUGCAUGUUGGGACUUCGCCAAUCAAAGUAAACGUUCUACCACAGCGACCUUGUUCUUUUUGGGAAGCUUUUUUGAUUUUAUAAAAUGUGUAUGUGAAAACUAUUUAUAAGAUUCAUACUUUGUUCCGAACUCACUUCACUGGCGCCAAAGAGGGAGGCUCGCUGGGCUGGUGUCACACGCAGAUCAAACACACCAUUGGGACUCUGAUUUCAGGUGUUUCCUACUCUUUGGGAAUAUUGUUCAGAAAACCAGUUGUUUUAAUCGGCGUACGCUUACUUCCAUUAUGACCUUAUGCCAAUUCAGAUGAAGAGUAAGGUGUUUAAAUUACUACUGCCGUAAGAAUGUUUAAUAUCCAAUUAAUAGUGUGCAUGUAAACUUACUCAGGUUAGCAGGGGGACCAUGAAGCCCACUCCCCCCUAGUGUCUUUAGGCCUAUUUUCAAGCCAACGAGCCACUCAACCCGUCUGUCUAGCCCCUCCCUCUCUUGGACACGGGGGAUUACACCAUCUGAGUGGGAUCUCUUUUCCAACUGAGCAGUCAGGCUGGAUGGAUGGUUAGGGACGGAGUAGGGGGACAGUCUGGAUGGAUGGAUGGUUAGGAUGGAGUAGGGGGACAGUCUGGAUGGAUGGAUGGUUAGGAUGGAGUAGGGGGACAGUCUGGCUGGAUGGAUGUUUAGGAUGGAGUAGGGGGACAGUCUGGCUGGAUGGAUGGUUAGGGACGGAGUAGGGGGACAGUCUGGCUGGAUGGAUGGUUAGGGACGGAGUAGGGGGACAGUCAGUCUGGCUGGAUGGAUGGUUAGGAUGGAGUAGGGGGACAGUGGCUGGAUGGAUGGUUAGGGAUGGAGUAGGGGGACAGUCUGGCUGGAUGGAUGGUUAGGGAUGGAGUAGGGGGACAGUCUGGCUGGAUGGAUGGUUAGGAUGGAGUAGGGGGACAGUCUGGCUGGAUGGAUGGUUAGGAUGGAGUAGGGGGACAGUCAGGCUGGAUGGAUAGGAUGGAGUAGGGGGACAGUCUGGCUGGAUGGAUGGUUAGGGAUGGAGUAGGGGGACAGUCUGGAUGGAUGGUUAGGAUGGAGUAGGGGGACAGUCAGUCUGGAUGGAUGGUUAGGAUGGAGUUGGGGGACAGUCUGGCUGGAUGGAUGGUUAGGGACGGAGUAGGGGGACAGUCUGGAUGGAUGUUAGGGACGGAGUAGGGGGACAGUCUGGCUGGAUGGAUGGUUAGGGAUGGAGUAGGGGGACAGUCUGGCUGGAUGGAUGGUUAGGAUGGAGUAGGGGGGACAGUCUGGCUGGAUGGAUGGUUAGGAUGGAGUAGGGGGACAGUCAGGCUGGAUGGAUAGGAUGGAGUAGGGGGACAGUCUGGAUGGAUGGUUAGAGAUGGAGUAGGGGGACAGUCUGGCUGGAUGGAUGGUUAGGGACGGAGUAGGGGGACAGUCUGGCUGGAUGGAUGGUUAGAGAUGGAGUAGGGGGACAGUCUGGCUGGAUGGAUGGUUAGAGAUGGAGUAGGGGGACAGUCUGGCUGGAUGGAUGGUUAGGAUGGAGUAGGGGGACAGUCUGGCUGGAUGGAUGGUUAGGGACGGAGUAGGGGGACAGUCUGGCUGGAUGGAUGGUUAGGAUGGAGUAGGGGGACAGUCUGGCUGGAUGGAUGGUUAGGAUGGAGUAGGGGGACAGUCUGGAUGGAUGGUUAGAGAUGGAGUAGGGGGACAGUCUGGCUGGAUGGAUGGUUAGGGACGGAGUAGGGGGACAGUCUGGCUGGAUGGAUGGUUAGGAUGGAGUAGGGGGACAGUCUGGAUGGAUGGUUAGAGAUGGAGUAGGGGGACAGUCUGGCUGGAUGGAUGGUUAGGGACGGAGUAGGGGGACAGUCUGGCUGGAUGGAUGGUUAGGGACGGAGUAGGGGGACAAUCUGGCAGGAUGGAUGGUUAGGAUGGAGUAGGGGGACAGUCUGGCUGGAUGGAUGGUUUGGAUGGAGUAGGGGGACAGUCUGGAUGGAUGGUUAGGGAUGGAGUAGAGCGACAGUCUGGCUGGAUGGAUGGUUAGGGAUGGAGUAGGGGGACAGUCUGGCUGGAUGGAUGGUUAGGGAUGGAGUAGGGGGACAGUCUGGCUGGAUGGAUGGUUAGGAUGGAGUAGAGGGACAGUCUGGAUGGAUGGUUAGGAUGGAGUAGGGGGACAGUCUGGCUGGAUGGUUAGGAUGGAGUAGGGGGACAGUCAGUCUGGCUGGAUGGAUGGUUAGGGACGGAGUAGGGGGACAGUCAGUCUGGAUGGAUGGUUAGGAUGGAGUAGGGGGACAGUCUGGCUGGAUGGAUGGUUAGGGAUGGAGUAGGGGGACAGUCUGGAUGGAUGGUUAGGGAUGGAGUAGGGGGACAGUCUGGAUGGAUGGUUAGGGAUGGAGUAGGGGGACAGUCUGGAUGGAUGGUUAGAGAUGGAGUAGGGGGACAGUCUGGAUGGAUGGUUAGAGAUGGAGUAGGGGGACAGUCUGGAUGGAUGGUUAGGAUGGAGUAGGGGGACAGUCUGGAUGGAUGGUUAGAGAUGGAGUAGGGGGACAGUCUGGCUGGAUGGAUGGUUAGGAUGGAGUAGGGGGACAGUCUGGCUGGAUGGAUGGUUAGGAUGGAGUAGGGGGACAGUCAGUGGCUGGAUGGAUGGUUAGGAUGGAGUAGGGGGACAGUCAGUGGCUGGAUGGAUGGUUAGGAUGGAGUAGGGGGACAGUCAGUCUGGAUGGAUGGAUGGAUGGUUAGGAUGGAGUAGGGGGACAGUCAGUGGCUGGAUGGAUGGUUAGGAUGGAGUAGGGGGACAGUCAGUGGCUGGAUGGAUGGUUAGGAUGGAGUAGGGGGACAGUCAGUGGAUGGAUGGAUGGUUACAACAACUACAACAUCCCAAUCCUAAUAACACUAACUCUGUCUCCCUCCCUUCCAUCCUAUAGUCCUCUGGACCGAGCCCAGGGUGAUACUAACUCUGUCUCUCUCCCUUCCAUCCUAUAGUCCUCUGGACCGGGCCCAGGGUGAUACUAACUCUGUCUCUCUCCCUUCCAUCCUAUAGUCCUCUGGACCGGGCCCAGGGUGAUACUAACUCUGUCUCCCUCCCUUCCAUCCUAUAGUCCUCUGGACCGAGCCCAGGGUGAUACUAACUCUGUCUCUCUCCCUUCCAUCCUAUAGUCCUCUGGACCGGGCCCAGGGUGAUACUAACUCUGUCUCCCUCCCUUCCAUCCUGUAGAGUCCUCUGGACCGGGCCCAGGGUGCCACUAACUCUGUCUCCCUCCCAUCCUGUAGAGUCCUCUGGACCGGGCCCAGGGUGCUAAGAACAAGGGCAACAAGUACUUCAAGGCUGGGAAGUAUGAGCAGGCCAUCCAGUGUUACACAGAGGCCAUCGGUCUGUGUCCUAGAGAGAACCAGACAGACCUGUCCACCUUUUACCAGAACAGAGCUGCUGCCUACGAACAGCAGGUAACUAUCACCACGGCAACCAUUCAUUAUGAUGCUCUGGAUGUGUUCAUGUGGGUUUAUAGCAGUGGAGGCUGGUGAGGGGAGUGCAGGCAUAGUAACAGCUGGAAUGGAAUGCCGUUUCAUUCAUUCCAUACCAGACAUUACAAUGAGCCCGUCGUCUGGUUGAAGGUGUCAUCAACCAACACCGGUUUCCAGUGGAGAACUAUUGUAUGCAUAUGUUCCUGUGUUAACAUUAACAACAUGGCUGUGACCUCCAGAUGAAGUGGACCGAGGUGGUGCAGGACUGUACCAGGGUUAGGGUUUCAUGUGGUGGUGUACCCAGGGUUAGGGUUUCAUGUGGUGGUGUACCCAGGGUUAGGGUUUCAUGUGGUACUGUACCAGGGUUAGGGUUUCAUGUGGUGGUGUACCCAGGGUUUCAUGUGGUGGUGUACCCAGGGUUAGGGUUUCAUGUGGUACUGUACCAGGGUUAGGGUUUCAUGUGGUGGUGUACCCAGGGUUUCAUGUGGUGGUGUACCCAGGGUUAGGGUUUCAUGUGGUGGUGUACCCAGGGUUAGGGUUUCAUGUGGUGGUGUACCCAGGGUUAGGGUUUCAUGUGGUGGUGUACCCAGGGUUAGGGUUUCAUGUGGUGGUGUACCCAGGGUUAGGGUUUCAUGUGGUGGUGUACCCAGGGUUAGGGUUUCAUGUGGUGGUGUACCCAGGGUUAGGGUUUCAUGUGGUGGUGUACCCAGGGUUAGGGUUUCAUGUGGUACUGUACCAGGGUUAGGGUUUCAUGUGGUGGUGUACCCAGGGUUUCAUAUGGUACUGUACCAGGGUUAGGGUUUCAUAUGGUACUGUACCAGGGUUAGGGUUUCAUGUGGUGGUGUACCCAGGGUUAGGGUUUCAUGUGGUGGUGUACCCAGGGUUAGGGUUUCAUGUGGUACUGUACCAGGGUUAGGGUUUCAUGUGGUGGUGUACCCAGGGUUUCAUGUGGUGGUGUACCCAGGGUUAGGGUUUCAUGUGGUACUGUACCAGGGUUAGGGUUUCAUGUGGUGGUGUACCCAGGGUUUCAUGUGGUGGUGUACCCAGGGUUAGGGUUUCAUGUGGUGGUGUACCCAGGGUUAGGGUUUCAUGUGGUGGUGUACCCAGGGUUAGGGUUUCAUGUGGUGGUGUACCCAGGGUUAGGGUUUCAUGUGGUGGUGUACCCAGGGUUAGGGUUUCAUGUGGUGGUGUACCCAGGGUUAGGGUUUCAUGUGGUGGUGUACCCAGGGUUAGGGUUUCAUGUGGUACUGUACCAGGGUUAGGGUUUCAUGUGGUGGUGUACCCAGGGUUUCAUAUGGUACUGUACCAGGGUUAGGGUUUCAUAUGGUACUGUACCAGGGUUAGGGUUUCAUGUGGUGGUGUACCCAGGGUUAGGGUUUCAUGUGGUACUGUACCAGGGUUAGGGUUUUCAUGUGGUGGUGUACCCAGGGUUUCAUGUGGUGGUGUACCCAGGGUUAGGGUUUCAUGUGGUGGUGUACCCAGGGUUAGGGUUUCAUGUGGUGGUGUACCCAGGGUUAGGGUUUCAUGUGGUGGUGUACCCAGGGUUAGGGUUUCAUGUGGUGGUGUACCCAGGUUAGGGUUUCAUGUGGUGGUGUACCCAGGGUUAGGGUUUCAUGUGGUGGUGUACCCAGGGUUAGGGUUUCAUGUGGUGGUGUACCCAGGGUUUCAUGUGGUGGUGUACCCAGGGUUAGGGUUUCAUGUGGUGGUGUACCCAGGGUUAGGGUUUCAUGUGGUGGUGUACCCAGGGUUAGGGUUUCAUGUGGUACUGUACCAGGGUUAGGGUUUCAUGUGGUGGUGUACCCAGGUUUCAUGUGGUGGGUUGUACCCAGGGUUAGGGUUUCAUGUGGUGGUGUACCCAGGGUUAGGGUUUCAUGUGGUUGGUGUACCCAGGGUUAGGGUUUCAUGUAGUGGGUGUACCCAGGGUUAGGGUUUCAUGUGGUGGUGUACCCCAGGGUUAGGGUUUCAUGUGGUGGUGUACCCAGGGUUAGGGUUUAAUGUGGUGGUGUACCCAGGGUUAGGGUUUCAUGUGGUGGUGUACCAGGGUUAGGGUUUCAUGUGGUGGUGUACCCAGGGUUAGGGUUUCAUGUGGUAGUGUACCCAGGGUUAGGGUUUCAUGUGGUGGUGUACCCAGGGUUAGGGUUUCAUGUGGUGGUGUACCCAGGGGUUAGGGUUUCAUGUGGUGGUGUACCCAGGGUUAGGGUUUCAUGUGGUGGUGUACCCAGGGUUAGGGUUUCAUGUGGUGGUGUACCCAGGGUUAGGGUUUCAUGUGGUGGUGUAACCAGGGUUAGGGUUUCAUGUGGUGGUGUACCCAGGGUUAGGGUUUCAUGUGGUGGUGUAACCCAGUGGUUAGGUUUCAUGUGGUACUGUACCAGGGUAGGGUUUCAUGUGGUGUGUACCCAGGUUUCAUGUGGUGUGUACCCAGGUUUCAUGUGGUGGUGUACCCAGGGUUAGGGUUUCAUGUGGUGGUGUACCCAGGGUUAGGGUUUCAUGUGGUGGUGUACCCAGGUUAGGGUUUCAUGUGGUGGUGACCCAGGGUUAGGGUUUCAUGGUGGUGUGUACCCAGGUUUUCAUGUGGUGGUGUACCCAGGGUUUCAUGUGGGUGUGUACCCAGGUUAGGGUUUCAUUGGUGGUGUACCCAGGGUUUCAUGUUGUUGGUGUACCCAGGGUUAGGUUUCAUGUGGUGGUGUACCCAUGGUUAGGUUUCAGUGUGGUGUACCCAGGUUAGGGUUUCAUGUGGUGGUGUACCCAGGUUAGGGUUUCAUGUGGUUGUACCCAGGGUUAGGGUUUCAUGUGGUUACUGUACCAGGGUUAGGGUUUCAUGUGGUGGUGUACCCAGGGUUUCAUGUGGUGGUGUACCCAGGGUUUCAUGUGUUGGUGUACCCAGGGUUAGGGUUUCAUGUGGUGGUGUACCCAGGGUUUCAUGUGGUGGUGUACCCAGGGUUAGGGUUUCAUGUGGUGGUGUACCCAGGGUUAGGGUUUCAUGUGGUGGUGUACCCAGGGUUAGGGUUUCAUGUGGUGGUGUACCCAGGGUUUAGGGUUUCAUGUGGUGGUGUACCCAGGGUUAGGGUUUCAUGUGGUGGUGUACCCAGGGUUUCAUGUGGUGGUGUACCCAGGGUUAGGGUUUCAUGUGGUGGUGUACCCAGGGUUAGGGUUUCAUGUGGUGGUGUACCCAGGGUUUCAUGUGGUGGUGUACCCAGGGUUUCAUGUGGUGGUGUACCCAGGGUUUCAUGUGGGUGGUGUACCCAGGGUUUCAUGUGGUGGUGUACCCAGGGUUUCAUGUGGUGGUGUACCCAGGGUUAGGGUUUCAUGUGGUGGUGUACCCAGGGUUAGGGUUUCAUGUGGUGGUGUACCCAGGGUUAGGGUUUCAUGUGGUGGUGUACCCAGGGUUAGGGUUUCAUUGGGUGGUGUACCCAGGUUAGGGUUUCAUGUGUGGUGUACCCGGGUUAGGGUUCAUGUGUGGUGUACCCAGGUUAGGGUUUCAUGUGGUGGUGUACCCAGGGUUAGGGUUUCAUUGGUGGUGUACCCAGGGUUAGGGUUUCAUGUGGUGGUGUACCCAGGGUUAGGGUUUCAUGUGGUGGUGUACCCAGGGGUUAGGUUUCAUGUGGUAAUGUGUUAACAUCAACGUCUGUGUUUCCAGAUGAAGUGGACCGGUGGUGCAGACUGUUCCCAGGCUGUAGAGAUGAACCCUCGCUAUAUCAAGGCCCUGUUCGGAGGGCCAAGGCCCUGGGAGACUGGACACAACAAGGAUGUCUGGAAGGUAUGCAAACACACACACACCACACACACACACCACACACACACCCCACACACACACCACACACACACACCACACUGAUACAGGAGUACCUGGAAGUACACACACACACACACACACCACACACACACACACACACACACACACACACACACACACACACACACACACACACACACACACACUGGAUAACAAGGAGUACCUGGAAGGUACACACACACACACACACACACACACACACACACACACUGGACAACAAGAAGGAGGCCUGGAGGAUAGGUCUCAGAUCACAGCUGUCCUCUAAAGGCAUAUGAUACGACAACAAGGCUAAUAGAAGUGAUCUGGUGUUUUUGUGUUAUAAAAUGUUCCUGUAGAUGUGACGGCGGUAUGUAUCCUGGAGGCCUUUCAGAACCAGCAGAGUAUGCUCCUAGCAGACAAAGUCCUCAAACUGCUGGGGAAGGAGAAGGCCAAAGACAAAUACAAGGUGAGAGGAUCUCCCAGCUCCCAGCUUUCCUGCUGCUCCUUAUUGAACUUAGAUGCUGUUUGAUUACAACUAGUUGAAUGUUGGUGCAUUACCACUGUCAAGCUUUGCACCAGUGUUUGUUUGGUAUGGUCCAUUACCACUGUCAAGCUUUGCACAAGUGUUUGUUUGGUACGGUACAUUAACACUGUCAAGCUUUGCACCAAUGUACCACUUGCCGUGCUGUAGCAGAGAGAACAGUCUAUGACUUGGGUGGCUGGAGUCUUAGACAAUUUUUAGGGCCUUCCUCUGACACCGCCUGGUAUAGAGGUCCUGGAUGGCAGGGAGCUCGGCCCCAGUGAUUUAAUGGGCCAUACACACUACCCUCUGUAGUACCUUGCGGUCGGAUACCAAACAUGAUUAUUACACAAGCGCACCUUGUGCUGGGGACAAUAAAAGGCCACUCUAAAAUGUGCAGUUUUGUCACACAACACAAUGCCACUGAUGUCUCAAGUUUUGAGGGAGCGUGCAAUUGGCAUGCUGACUGCAGGAAGAUAAUUUCAGCACAGUUUUGAUUGGGACAGCGCCAUAGCGCUGCUUUGAGACAAUCGUGGGGACUCGUUUCUGAAUCUCCGUUUGGAUAUUGGUUAGGCUACAAUUAGGCUGUGGAAAGGUUAGCUGGGAUGAGUGUUGCCAAUGAUCAUCUUGUUUAGUUGGCUCAUUUCUUAGCACCGAUCAGAACAGUUUGCUAGCGUGUUACGUAGUUUAUCAAGUGGAUUAUUUUUUUAUCAAGUGAAGCCUCUUGACUUGUCUUAAUCAAUGUGAUUUUGCUUCACUGAAUCUCUGUCUGUAUAGGCUAUUUGGUUCAUUGGUUUCUGGCUGGGCAAAUAAGUGGAGGUGGAAUAGCUGAUUUAGUACUGAUCAGAAACAUUUAGCAUGAUAGACCUUCAUUUGAUUUGGGCUACAUUCUAUCAGUUUUGCUAGAUCGCGUAAAGGCAACUCCAGAAACCCACAGAGGUUGGGAAAUAUGAACGAGACAUGCUUUUGAAAAUAGGAUUAAUAUUAUUUUCUAUUUGUAUCAUGAUGAAGGUAAGACCCUACGCCUGUUCCCUAACAAAGCGGAGGGAGGGUAGGAAAGAGAUGAAACGUGGGCUUGGGCUCGGUUUUAAAAUAUAUCUUUUUUUACAGUGAGGGAAAAAAGUAUUUGAUCCCCUGCUGAUUUUGUACGUUUGCCCACUGACAAAGACAUGAUCAGUCUAUAAUUUUAAUGGUAGGUUUAUUUGAACAGUGAGAGACAGAAUAACUACAAAAAUAUCCAGAAAAAUGCAUGUCAAAAAUGUUAUAAAUUGAUUAGCAUUUUAAUGAGGGAAAUAAGUAUUUGACCCCCUCUCAAUCAGAAAGAUUUCUGGGUCCCAGGUGUCUUUUAUACAGGUAACGAGCUGAGAUUAGGAGCACACUCUUAAAGGGAGUGCUCCUAAUCUCAGUUUGUUACCUGUAUAAAAGACACCUGUCCACAGAAGCAAUCAAUCAAUCAGAUUCCAAACUCUCCACCAUGGCCAAGACCAAAGAGCUCUCCAAGGAUGUCAGGGACAAGAUUGUAGACCUACACAAGGCUGAAAUGGGCUACAAGAACAUCGCCAAGCAGCUUGGUGAGAAGGUGACAACAGUUGGUCCGAUUAUUUGCAAAUGGAAGAAACACAAAAUAACUGUCAUUCUCCCUCGGCCUGGGGCUCCAUGCAAGAUCUCACCUCGUGGAGUUGCAAUGAUCAUGAGAACGGUGAGGAAUCAGCCCAGAACUACACGGGAGGAUCUUGUCAAUGAUCUCAAGGCAGCUGGGACCAUAGUCACCAAGAAGACAAUUGAUAACACACUACGCUGUGAAGGACUGAAAUCCUGCAGCGCCCGCAAGGUCCCGCUGCUCAAGAAAGCACAUAUACAGGCCCGUCUGAAGUUUGCCAAUGAACAUCUGAAUGAUUCAGAGGAGAACUGGGUGAAAGUGUUGUGGUCAGAUGAGACCAAAAUGGAGCUCUUUGGCAUCAACUCAACUCGCCGUGUUUGGAGGAGGAGGAAUGCUGCCUAUGACCCCAAGAACACCAUCCCCACCGUCAAACAUGGAGGUGGAAACAUUAUGCUUUGGGGGUGUUUUUCUGCUAAGGGGACAGGACAACUUCACCGCAUCAAGGGACGAUGGACGGGGCCAUGUACCGUCAAAUCUUGGGUGAGAACCACCUCCCCUCAGCCAGGGCAUUGAAAAUGGGUUGUGGAUGGGUAGUCCAGCAUGACAAUGACCCAAAACACACGGCCAAGGCAACAAAGGAGUGGCUCAAGAAGAAGCACAUUAAGGUCCUGGAGUGGCCUAGCCAGUCUCCAGACCUUAAUCCCAUAGAAAAUGUGUGGAGGGAGCUGAAGGUUCGAGUUGCCAAACGUCAGCCUCGUAACCUUAAUGACUUGGAGAAGAUCUGCAAAGAGGACUGGGACAAAAUCCCUCCUGAGAUGUGGGCAAACCUGGUGGCCAACUACAAGAAACGUCUGGUUUUGCCACCAAGUACUAAGUCAUGUUUUGCAGAGGGGGUCAAAUACUUAUUUCCCUCAUUAAACUGCAAAUCAAUUCAUAAAAUUUUUCACAUGUGUUUUUCUGGAUUUUUUUUAUUUUUAUUCUGUCUCUCACUGUUCAAAUAAACCUAUCAUUAAAAUUAUAGACUGAUCAUGUCUUUGUCAGUGGGCAAACGUACAAAAUCAGCAGGGGAUCAAAUACUUUUUUCCCUCACUGUACAUGACAGCGGUUCCACACGUUCCCGUGACACAAGUUGUGUGGAAAUAAUAUUUGUUAUAUUUUAUUCUGUUAUAGUCCGUUAUAUUCUUACUAUAAAAUAUGUGUGUUGACUGAUCGGGUAGGUGUGUCCUGUCUGUUUAAUGAACAAAAUAACUAACUAUUGAUUUCAUUUGGAUGGUGCAGCAAUGGCUGCAUAGACCCUAACAUAGGCCUAAUUCAACUCAAAAUAUUCUGUUCUAGUCUUUUGAAAAUACAUUUAAUUAGUCUUUAUAAUAUUUCUUGCCUAAAUGAAUGAAUAAUGGAUUUGUUUUUGAUGGUGUAUAUUCUCAAUGGAUUUAUUAAAAUAGACACCCAACCACAUCUGCAUACCACUACUACCACUCAUCCCCGGCAGGCCCACCGGAGGUAUAAAAGGUGGGCCUGUUUGUAAGGGGGUCAUAUAAACAUUGCCCUAUUCAUUUUUAAAAAUGCAAAAUACCGUAAAUACUUUGUAAAACCAGUACAAGUCUCACCCUCCCUCUUCUCGCUCUAUUUCCAUCUCUUCUCUCUCCAGAACCGUGACCCCCUGAUGCCUUCUCCUCAGUUCAUCAAGUCCUACUUCAGCUCCUUCACCGAUGACAUAAUCAGCCAGCCGCUCCAGAAGGGCGAGAAGAAGGACGAGGACAAGGACAACGAGGGAGAGGCCGCAGAGGUCACAGAAAGGUCAGAAGUCACUGUGUGAUGUCACUUUCUGUAUGUUGGCUUUGGAUGGAGAGGCCAGCCUAACUACUAGGGUCAAUCUAUCUGCCAGCCUAACUACUAGGGUCAAUCUCUAUCUGCCAGCCUAACUAUUAGGGUCAAUCUCUAUCUGCCAGCCUAACUACUAGGGUCAAUCUAUCUGCCAGCCUAACUACUAGGGUCAAUCUCUAUCUGCCAGCCUAACUAUUAGGGUCAAUCUCUAUCUGCCACCUAACUACUAGGGUCAAUCUCUAUCUUGCCAGCCUAACUACUAGGGUCAAUCUCUAUCUGCCAGCCUAACUACUAGGGUCAAUCUCUAUCUGCCAGCCUAACUACUAGGGUCAAUCUCUAUCUGCCCAGCCUAACUACUAGGGCUCAAUCUCUAUCUGCCAGCCUAACUACUAGGGUCAAUCUCUAUCUGCCAGCCUAACUACUAGGGCUCAAUCUCUAUCUGCCAGCCUAACUACUAGGGUCAAUCUCUAUCUGCCAGCCUAACUACUAGGGUCAAUCUCUAUCUGCCAGCCUAACUACUAGGGUCAAUCUCUAUCUGCCAGCCUAACUACUAGGGCUCAAUCUCUAUCUGCCAGCCUAACUACUAGGCUCAAUCUCUAUCUGCCAGCCUAACCACUAGGGUCAAUCUCUAUCUGCCAGCCUAACUAUUAGGGUCAAUCUCUAUCUGCCAGCCUAACUACUAGGGUCAAUCUCUAUCUGCCAGCCUAACUACUAGGGUCAAUCUCUAUCUGCCAGCCUAACUACUAGGGUCAAUCUCUAUCUGCCAGCCUAACUACUAGGGUCAAUCUCUAUCUGCCAGCCUAACUACUAGGGUCAAUCUCUAUCUGCCAGCCUAACUACUAGGGUCAAUCUCUAUCUGCCAGCCUAACUAUUAGGGCUCAAUCUCUAUCUGCCAGCCUAACUACUAGGGUCAAUCUCUAUCUGCCAGCCUAACUACUAGGGUCAAUCUCUAUCUGCCAGCCUAACUACUAGGGUCAAUCUCUAUCUGCCAGCCUAACUACUAGGGUCAAUCUCUAUCUGCCAGCCUAACUACUAGGGUUCAAUCUCUAUCUGCCAGCCUAACUACUAGGGUUCAAUCUCUAUCUGCCAGCCUAACUACUAGGGCUCAAUCUCUAUCUGCCAGCCUAACUACUAGGGUCAAUCUCUAUCUGCCAGCCUAACUACUAGGGUCAAUCUCUAUCUGCCAGCCUAACUACUAGGGUCAAUCUCUAUCUGCCAGCCUAACUACUAGGCUCAAUCCUAUCUGCCACCUAACUACUAGGGCUCAAUCUCUAUCUGCCAGCCUAACUACUAGGGUCAAUCUCUAUCUGCCAGCCUAACUACUAGGGUCAAUCUCUAUCUGCCAGCCUAACUACUAGGGUCAAUCUCUAUCUGCCAGCCUAACUACUAGGGUCAAUCUCUAUCUGCCAGCCUAACUACUAGGGUCAAUCUCUAUCUGCCAGCCUAACUACUAGGGUCAAUCUCUAUCUGCCAGCCUAACUACUAGGGUCAAUCUCUAUCUGCCAGCCUAACUACUAGGGUCAAUCUCUAUCUGCCAGCCUAACCACUAGGGUCAAUCUCUAUCUGCCAGCCUAACUACUAGGGCUCAAUCUUUAUCUGCCAGCCUAACUACUAGGGUCAAUCUCUAUCUGCCAGCCUAACUACUAGGGCUCAAUCUCUAUCUGCCAGCCUAACUACUAGGGUCAAUCUCUAUCUGCCAGCCUAACUACUAGGGUCAAUCUCUAUCUGCUCGGCUGCUUCUCAACCGUAUUGGAGGAGAAGGUCCACAGAACCUCCCCUCAGGCCUUCUUGUCCAAUGGGGUUUGAGAAGAAGGCGAGAACAGAGGAUACUAGGAAUUGAGGAAAGAUACAUUUUGAAAGAGCCUAAUAUGUAGCCCAUAUCCCUCUGCCCCCCCUGCUCUCCUGUCCCCCUGUCCCUCUGUCCCCCCUGCUCUCCUGUCCCUCUGUCCCCCCUGCUCUCCUGCCCCCCCUGCUCUCCUGUCCCUCUGUCCCCCCCAUCCCUCUGUCCCCCCCUGCUCUCCUGUCCCUCUGUCCCCCCUGCUCUCCUGUCCCCCUGCUCUCCUGUCCCUCUGUCCCCCCCAUCCCUCUGUCCCCCCUGCUCUCCUGUCCCUCUGUCCCCCCUGCUCUCCUGUCCCUCUGUCCCCCCUUGCUCUCCUGCCCCCCCUGCUCUCCUGCCCCCCCUGCUCUCCUGUCCCUCUGUCCCCCUGCUCUCCUGUCCCUCUGCCCCCCCUGCUCUCCUGUCCCUCUGUCCCCCCUGCUCUCCUGUCCCCCCUGCUCUCCUGUCCCUCUGUCCCCCCUGCUCUCCUGUCCCCCUGCUCUCCUGUCCCUCUUGUCCCCCCUGCUCUCCUGUCCCCCCUGCUCUCCUGUCCCUCUGUCCCCCCUGCUCUCCUGUCCCCCCCUGCUCUCCUGUCCCUCUGUCCCCCCUGCUCUCCUGUCCCCCUGCUCUCCUGUCCCCCUGCUCUCCUGUCCCCCCCUGCUCUCCUGUCCCCCCUGCUCUCCUGUCCCCCCUGCUCUCCUGUCCCCCUGCUCUCCCUGUCCCUAUGUCCCCCCCUGCUCUCCUGUCCCCCCUGCUCUCCUGUCCCCCUGCUCUCCUGUCCCUCUGUCCCCCCUGCUCUCCUGUCCCCCCUGCUCUCCUGUCCCUCUGUCCCCCCUGCUCUCCUGUCCCCCUGCUCUCCUGUCCCCCCUGCUCUCCUGUCCCCUCCCCCUGCUCUCCUGUCCCCCCCCCCCUGCUCUCCUGUCCCUCUGUCCCCCUGCUCUCCUGUCCCCCCUGCUCUCCUGUCCCCCUGCUCUCCUGUCCCCCCUGCUCUCCUGUCCCCCUGCUCUCCUGUCCCUCUGUCCCCCCUGCUCUCCUGUCCCCCUGCUCUCCUGUCCCCCCUGCUCUCCUGUCCCUCUGUCCCCCCUGCUCUCCUGUCCCCCCUGCUCUCCUGUCCCCCCUGCUCUCCUGUCCCCCUGCUCUCCUGUCCCCCUGCUCUCCUGUCCCCCUGCUCUCCUGUCCCCCCCUGCUCUCCUGUCCCCCUGCUCUCCUGUCCCUCUGUCCCCCCUGCUCUCCUGUCCCCCCUGCUCUCCUGUCUCCCCUGCUCUCCUGUCCCCCCUGCUCUCCUGUCCCCCCUGCUCUCCUGUCCCUCUGUCCCCCCUGCUCUCCUGUCCCCCUGCUCUCCUGUCCCCCCUGCUCUCCUGUCCCCCCCUGCUCUCCUGUCCCCCCUGCUCUCCUGUCCCCCCGCUCUCCUGUCCCUAUGUCCCCCUGCUCUCCUGUCCCCCCUGCUCUCCUGUCCCCCUGCUCUCCUGUCCCUCUGUCCCCCCUGCUCUCCUGUCCCCCCCUGCUCUCCUGUCCCUCUGUCCCCCCUGCUCUCCUGUCCCCCUGCUCUCCUGUCCCUAUGUCCCCCUGCUCUCCUGUCCCCCCUGCUCUCCUGUCCCCCUGCUCUACUGUCCCCCUGCUCUCCUGUCCCUCUGUCCCCCCCUGCUCUCCUGUCCCCCUGCUCUCCUGUCCCCCCUGCUCUCCUGUCCCUCUGUCCCCCCUGCUCUCCUGUCCCCCCUGCUCUCCUGUCCCCCCUGCUCUCCUGUCCCUCUGUCCCCCCUGCUCUCCUGUCCCCCCUGCUCUCCUGUCCCUCUGUCCCCCCUGCUCUCCUGUCCCCCCUGCUCUCCUGUCCCCCCUGCUCUCCUGUCCCUCUGUCCCCCCCUGCUCUCCUGUCCCCCCUGCUCUCCUGUCCCCCCUGCUCUCCUGUCCCUCUGUCCCCCUGCUCUCCUGUCCCCCCUGCUCUCCUGCCCCCCCCUGCUCUCCUGUCCCCCCUGCUCUCCUGUCCCUCUGUCCCCCCUGCUCUCCUGUCCCCCCUGCUCUCCUGUCCCUCUGUCCCCCUGCUCUCCUGUCCCUCUGUCCAUAGCCCUGGUUAUCUGAAGGCCAAGCAGUACAUUAACCCUAUCCCUCUGUGUGUAGUUCUGGUUACCUGAAGGCCAACCAGUACAUUAACCCUAUCCCUCUGUGUGUAGUUCUGGUUAUCUGAAGGCCAAGCAGUACAUUAACCCUAUCCCUCUGUGUGUAGUUCUGGUUAUCUGAAGGCCGACCAGUACAUUAACCCUAUCCCUCUGUGUGUAGUUCUGGUUACCUGAAGGCCAAGCAGUACAUUAACCCUAUCCCUCUGUGUGUAGCUCUGGUUAUCUGAAGGCCAACCAGUACAUUAACCCUAUCCCUCUGUGUGUAGUUCUGGUUACCUGAAGGCCAAGCAGUACAUUAACCCUAUCCCUCUGUGUGUAGUUCUGGUUACCUGAAGGCCAACCAGUACAUUAACCCUAUCCCUCUGUGUGUAGUUCUGGUUAUCUGAAGGCCAAGCAGUACAUUAACCCAUCCCUCUGUGUGUAGUUCUGGUUACCUGAAGGCCAAGCAGUACAUUAACCCUAUCCCUCUGUGUGUAGUUCUGGUUUAUCUGAAGGCCGACCAGUACAUUAACCCCUAUCCCUCUGUGUGUAGUUCUGGUUAUCUGAAGGCCGACCAGUACAUUAACCCUAUCCCUCUGUGUGUAGUUUCUGGUUAUCUGAAGGCCAAACCAGUACAUUAACCCUAUCCCUCUGUGUGUAGUUCUGGUUACCUGAAGGCCAAGCAGUACAUUAACCCUAUCCCUCUGUGUGAGUUCUGGUUACCUGAAGGCCAGCAGUACAUUAACCCUAUCCCUCUGUGUGUAGUUCUGGUUACCUGAAGGCCAAGCAGUACAUUAACCCUAUCCCUCUGUGUGUAGUUCUGGUUAUCUGAAGGCCAAGCAGUACAUUAACCCUAUCCCUCUGUGUGUAGUUCUGGUUAUCUGAAGGCCAAGCAGUACAUUAACCCUAUCCCUCUGUGUGUAGUUCUGGUUAUCUGAAGGCCAACCAGUACAUUAACCCUAUCCCUCUGUGUGUAGUUCUGGUUACCUGAAGGCCAACCAGUACAUUAACCCUAUCCCUCUGUGUGUAGUUCUGGUUACCUGAAGGCCAACCAGUACAUUAACCCUAUCCCUCUUUGUGUAGCUCUGGUUACCUGAAGGCCAACCAGUACAUUAACCCUAUCCCUCUGUGUGUAGUUCUGGUUACCUGAAGGCCAAGCAGUACAUUAACCCUAUCCCUCUGUGUGUAGUUCUGGUUACCUGAAGGCCAACCAGUACAUUAACCCUAUCCCUCUGUGUGUAGCUCUGGUUACCUGAAGGCCAAGCAGUACAUUAACCCUAACCCUCUGUGUGUAGUUCUGGUUACCUGAAGGCCAAGCAGUACAUUAACCCUAUCCCUCUGUGUGUAGUUCUGGUUACCUGAAGGCCAACCAGUACAUUAACCCUAUCCCUCUGUGUGUAGUUCUGGUUACCUGAAGGCCAAGCAGUACAUGGAGGAGGAGAACUAUGAUAAGAUUAUCAGUGAGUGCACUAAGGAGGUGGAGUCUGGGGGCCGGUACACUGCUGAGGCCCUGUUGCUACGGGCAACCUUCUACCUCCUGAUUGGCAACGCCACCGGUGCCCAGCCAGACCUGGACCGGGUCAUUAACAUGGAGGACUCCAACGUCAAGGUAGUGUGUUUCAAGGUCAAGGUAGUUUUAUUUGUCACAUGCACAAGUACAGCGAAAUACUAGCCCUACCCAACAGUGCAGUAUUUCAUAUCAAAAUAGUAUAACUACACUGAACAAAAACAUAAACGCAACAUGCAACAAUUUCAAAGAUUUUACUGAGUUACAGUUCUUAUAAGGAAAUCAGUCAAUUGAAAUUAAUUCAUUAGGAUCUAAUCUAUGAAUUUCACAUGACUUGGAAUACAGAUAUGUAUCUGUUGGUCAAAGAUACAGUGGGGAAAAAAAGUAUUUAGUCAGCCACCAAUUGUGCAAGUUCUCCCACUUAAAAAGAUGAGAGGCCUGUAAUUUUCAUCAUAGGUACACGUCAACUAUGACAGACAAAAUGAGAAGAAAAAAAAUUCAGAAAGUCACAUUGUAGGAUUUUUAAUGAAUUUAUUUGCAAAUUAUGGUGGAAAAUAAGUAUUUGGUCACCUACAAACAAGCAAGAUUUCUGGCUCUCACAGACCUGUAACUUCUUCUUUAAGAGGCUCCUCUGUCCUCCACUCGUUACCUGUAUUAAUGGCACCUGUUUGAACUUGUUAUCAGUAUAAAAGACACCUGUCCACAACCUCAAACAGUCACACUCCAAACUCCACUAUGGCCAAGACCAAAGAGCUGUCAAAGGACACCAGAAACAAAAUUGUAGACCUGCACCAGGCUGGGAAGACUGAAUCUGCAAUAGGUAAGCAGCUUGGUUUGAAGAAAUCAACUGUGGGAGCAAUUAUUAGGAAAUGGAAGACAUACAAGACCACUGAUAAUCUCCCUCGAUCUGGGGCUCCACGCAAGAUCUCACCCCGUGGGGUCAAAAUGAUCACAAGAACGGUGAGCAAAAAUCCCAGAACCACACGGGGGGACCUAGUGAAUGACCUGCAGAGAGCUGGGACCAAAGUAACAAAGCCUACCAUCAGUAACACACUACGCCGCCAGGGACUCAAAUCCUGCAGUGCCAGACGUGUCCAGGCCCGUCUGAAGUUUGCUAGAGUGCAUUUGGAUGAUCCAGAAGAGGAUUGGGAGAAUGUCAUAUGGUCAGAUGAAACCAAAAUAGAACAUUUUGGUAAAAACUCAACUCGUCGUGUUUGGAGGACAAAGAAUGCUGAGUUGCAUCCAAAGAACACCAUUCCUACUGUGAAGCAUGGGGGUGGAAACAUCAUGCUUUGGGGCUGUUUUUCUGCAAAGGGACCAGGAUGACUGAUCCGUGUAAAGGAAAGAAUGAAUGGGGCCAUGUAUCGUGAGAUUUUGAGUGAAAACCUCCUUCCAUCAGCAAGGGCAUUGAAGAUGAAACGUGGCUGGGUCUUUCAGCAUGACAAUGAUCCCAAACACACCGCCCGGGCAACGAAGGAGUGGCUUUGUAAGAAGCAUUUCAAGGUCCUGGAGUGGCCUAGCCAGUCUCCAGAUCUCAACCCCAUAGAAAAUCUUUGGAGGGAGUUGAAAGUCUGUGUUGCCCAGCGACAGCCCCUAAACAUCACUGCUCUAGAGGAGAUCUGCAUGGAGGAAUGGGCCAAAAUACCAGCAACAGUGUGUGAAAACCUUGUGAAGACUUACAGAAAACGUUUGACCUGUGUCAUUGCCAACAAAGGGUAUAUAACAAAGUAUUGAGAAACUUUUUGUUAUUGACCAAAUACUUAUUUUCCACCAUAAUUUGCAAAUAAAUUCAUUAAAAAUCCUACAAUGUGAUUUUCUGGAUUUUUUUUCCUCAUUUUGUCUGUCAUAGUUGACGUGUACCUAUGAUGAAAAUUACAGGCCUCUCAUCUUUUUAAGUGGGAGAACUUGCACAAUUGGUGGCUGACUAAAUACUUUUUUUCCCCACUGUAUCUUAAAAAUAAAGGUAGGGGCGUGGAUCAGAAAACCAGUCAGUAUCUGGUGUGACUAGUUUGAGAAACAGACGCCUCACAGGUCCUCAACUGGCAGCUUCAUUAAAUAGUACCCGCAAAACACCAGUCUCAACGUCAACAGUGAAGAGGCGACUCCGGGAUGCUGACCUUCUAGGCAGAGUUGCAAAGAAAAAGCCAAAUCUCAGACUGGCCUAUAAAAUGAAAAGAUUAAGAUGGGCAGUCUGAGAUAUGGCUUUUUCUUUGCAACUCUGCCUAGAAGGUCAGCAUCUGGGUUGUUGCCCUCCUACGGCCUCCUCCACGGACAUGUCUAAGUGACCCCUAACUUUUGAACGGUAGUGAACUGCUCUCCAUACUGACAUGGUCUGUCUGUCUCCACCCUGAGCGUUGAUUCAUCAUGCAGAGGCCGUAGAGAAGACAGAUUUAGACAUUGCAUAUCAUUUUAACAGUUCCAUUUCACGCCACGCUACGACCUGCUGUUCAUAUAAAUAAUUUAUUGUAAUUUACCAGUUUCUUGCAGUUAGUUAUCCCAGGAAAAAGGAGUGGGUUUUGGGCGGUAAAUCUGGGUAGCCGGGUUCCUGCCAUUCAACCCUAAACAGCUCCAGUAAUACCAGGUAGAUGUACUGUAUGUGAUAACAGAUCUUCUCUGUCCUGUCUCUGUCCUGUCUCUGUCUCUGUCUCUGUCCUGUCUCUGUCCUGUCUCUGUCCUGUCUCUGUCCUGUCUCUGUCUCUGUCCUGUAGCUGAGGGCCAAUGCUCUGAUCAAGCGUGGCAGCAUGUACAUGCAGCAGCAACAGCCUAUGAUGUCAACGCAGGACUUCAACAUGGCCGCUGAGAUCGACACGCGCAACGCAGACGUCUACCACCACCGGGGACAGGUACGGAUGUCUCUAUCAAUAUCCAUUAUGGCUGUGCCCAAAUGGUUCCCUACUCCCUACAUGGUGUACUACCCCAUAUGGCUCUGGUUAAAGGUAGGACACUCUACAGUGCCUUGUAAGGUAUUCAUCCCCCUUGGCGUUUUUCCUAUUUUGUUGCAUUCCAACCUGUAAUUUAAAUGGAUUUUUAUUUGGAUUUCAUGUAAUGGACUCACCAAUAGUCCAAAUAGGUGAAGUGAAAUGAAAAAAAUAUUUUUUUUCAAAAAAUGCUACAAAAUAAAUAACAGAGAAGUGGUGCGUGCAUAUGUAUUCACCCCCUUUGCUAUGAAGCCCCUAAAUAAGAUCUGGUGCAACCAAUUACCUUCAGAAGUCACAUAAUUAGUUAGAUUGCACACAGGUGGACUUUAUUUAAGUGUCACAUGAUCUGUCACAUGAUCUCAGUAUAUAUACACCUGUUCUGAAAGACCCCGGAGUCUGCAACACCACUAAGCAAGGGGCACCACCAAGCAAGCGGCACCAUGAAGACCAAGGAGCUCUCCAAACAGGUCAGGGGCAAAGUUGUGGAGAAGUACAGAUCAGGGUUGGGUUAUAAAAAAAAUAUCAAACUUUGAACAUCCCACGGAGCACCAUUUAAAUCCAUUAUUAAAAAAUGGAAAUAAUAUGGCACCACAACAAACCUGCCAAGAGAGGGCCACCCACCAAAACUCACGGACCAGGCAAGGAGGGCAUUAAUCAGAGAGGCAACAAAGAGACCAAAGAUAACCCUGAAGGAGCUGCAAAGCUCCACAGCGGAGAUUGGAGUAUCUGUCCAUAGGACCACUUUAAGCCGUACACUCCACAGAGCUGGGCUUUACGGAAGAGUGGACAGAAAAAAGCCAUUGCUUAAAGAAAAAAAUAAGCUAACACAUUUGGUGUUCGUCAAAAGGCAUGUGGGAGACUCCCCAAACAUAUGGAAGAAGGUACUCUGGUCAGAUGAGACUAAAAUUGAGCUUUUUGGCCAUCAAGGAAAACACUAUGUCUGGCGCAAACCCAACACCUCUCAUCACCCCGAGAACACCAUCACCACAGUGAAGCAUGGUGGUGGCAGCUUCAUGCUGUGGGGAUGUUUUUCAUCGGCAGGGACUGGGAAACUGGUCAUUAUUGAAAGAAUGAUGGAUGGCGCUAAAUACAGGGAAAUUCUUGAGGGAAACCUGUUUCAGUCUUCCAGAGAUUUGAGACUGGGACGGAGGUUCACCUUCCAGCAGGACAAUGACCCUAAGCAUACUGCUAAAGCGACACUCGUGUGGUUUAAGGGGUAACAUUUAAAUGUCUUGGAAUGGCCUAGUCAAAGCACAGACCUCAAUCCAAUUGAGAAUCAGUGGGAUGACUUAAAGAUUGCUGUACACCAGCGGAACCCAUCCAACAUGAAGGAGCUGGAGCAGUUUGCCUUAAUAAUAAUAAUAAUAAUAAUAAUAGUAUGCCAUUUAGCAGACGCUUUUAUCCAAAGCGACUUAUAGUAAUGUGCGCAUACAUUUUUACGUAUGGGUGGUCCCAGGGAUCGAACCCACUACCCUGGCGUUACAAGUGCCAUGCUCUACCAAUUGAGCUACAGAGAAGAAUGGGCAAAAAUCCCAGUGGCUAGAUGUGCCAAGCUUAUAGAGACAUACCCCAAGAGACUUGCAGCUGUAAUUGCUGCCAAAGGUGGCUCUACAAAGUAUCGACUUUGGGGGGCGGGGUGAAUAGUUAUGCACGCUCAAGUUUUCUGUUUUUUUGUCUUAUUUCUUGUUUGUUUCACACAAAAAUAUUUUGCAUCUUCAAAGUGGUAGGCAUGUUGUGUAAAUCAAAUGAUACAAACCCCCCAAAAAUCUAUUUUGAUUGCAGGUUGUAAGGCAACAAAAUAGGAAAAAUGCCAAGGGGGGUGAUUACUUUCACAAGCCACUGUAAAUAGAGAAAAGGGUGCCAUUUGGGACUCUUGUCUAUGUUGCUAUCAGAAGGUUACAUUAAGUCACAUGUCAUUACCCUAACAGACUGAACCGUUUCCUGUUUCCCCUUCAGUUGAAGAUCCUUCUGGACCAGGUGGAGGAGGCUGUGGGAGACUUUGAUGAGUGCAUCCUGCUCAGACCUGACUCUGCUCUGGCACAGGCUCAGAAAUGCUUUGCCCUGGUGAGUUAGGAUCAGGAGACACCACUCUACACAGUGUUUUACGAGGGUCAGAGCUCACCAAUAUGUUAUUUAGUCAACUGUUACGCUGAUAGAUGCAUGUUUCUAUCAGGUCAUCUGCCCUCUAUGGUUAGUGUACUUUUGGGAUGUGUUAUUGUUGUUAAGGUUAAACCUAGAGUCUGUCUCUUGUGUCCUCAGUACAGACAGUCUGUGUCCUCAGUACAGACAGUCUGUGUGUCUCUCGUGUCCUCAGUACAGACAGUCUGUGUGUCUCUCGUGUCCUCAGUACAGACAGUCUGUGUGUCUCUCGUGUCCUCAGUACAGACAGUCUGUGUGUCUCUUGUGUCCUCAGUACAGACAGUCUGUGUGUCUCUUGUGUCCUCAGUACAGACAGUCUGUGUGUCUCUUGUGUCCUCAGGACAGACAGUCUGUGUCCUCAGUACAGACAGUCUGUGUGUCUCUUGUGUCCUCAGUACAGACAGUCUGUGUGUCUCUUGUGUCCUCGGUACAGACAGUCUGUGUGUCUCUUGUGUCCUCGGUACAGACUGUCAGUCUGUCUCUCGUGUCCUCGGUACAGACUGUCUGUGUGUCUCUCGUGUCCUCGGUACAGACUGUCAGUUUGUCUCUUGUGUCCUCAGUAUAGACAGUCUGUGUGUCUCUUGUGUCCUCAGUAUAGACAGUCUGUGUGUCUCUUGUGUCCUCAGUACAGACUGUCUGUGUGUCUCUCGUGUCCUCAGUACAGACAGUCUGUGUGUCUCUCGUGUCCUCAGUACAGACAGUCUGUGUGUCUCUCGUGUCCUCAGUACAGACAGUCUGUGUGUCUCUUGUGUCCUCAGUACAGACAGUCUGUGUGUCUCUUGUGUCCUCAGUACAGACAGUCUGUGUGUCUCUUGUGUCCUCAGGACAGACAGUCUAUGUCCUCAGUACAGACAGUCUGUGUGUCUCUUGUGUCCUCAGUACAGACAGUCUGUGUGUCUCUUGUGUCCUCGGUACAGACAGUCUGUGUGUCUCUUGUGUCCUCGGUACAGACUGUCAGUCUGUCUCUCGUGUCCUCGGUACAGACUGUCUGUGUGUCUCUCGUGUCCUCGGUACAGACUGUCAGUUUGUCUCUUGUGUCCUCAGUAUAGACAGUCUGUGUGUCUCUUGUGUCCUCAGUAUAGACAGUCUGUGUGUCUCUUGUGUCCUCAGUACAGACAGUCUGUGUGUCUCUCGUGUCCUCAGUACAGACUGUCAGUCUGUCUCUUGUGUCCUCAGUACAGACAGUCUGUGUGUCUCUCGUGUCCUCAGUACAGUCAGUCUGUCUCUCAUGUCCUCAGUACAGACAGUCUGUGUGUCUCUUGUGUCCUCGGUACAGACUGUCAGUUUGUCUCUCGUGUCCUCAGUACUACCUUACAAUACACAAAAUAGGCUUCUGAUUGGCACAUUGUUUUUUUUGACUCCACUGUCUGAAGUUGGAGCUGAGCCAAUCAGAGAGCUUGGGCUAGGUGUAAGAAUCUCUGCUCCGGCCUGCCCCGCCCCCGAUAGUCCUAGCACUAUGUUCCUCCUUCCAGCUGGAUGGCAGCUCUCCACUUCGUCUGUUGAUGCCACUGAUGUGUGAGGAAAAAGCGUAGGGAAAAUGGAGAACCAAAUGUUUGCCAAAUACAUUUUCCAAAAUGUUAUGUUAGUCAAGCACAUAACCACUAUUUUGUAGUUUGAUCUCCCCAACGGUGUUAGGCGUGCGCGCAUUUACAUUUUAGUCAUUUAGCAGACGCUCUUAUCCAGAGCGACUUACAGUUAGUGAGUGCAUACAUUUUUCAUACUGGCCCCCCGUGGGAAUCGAACCCACAACCCUGGCGUUGCAAGCGCCAUGCUCUACCAACUGAGCUACAAGGAGUUCAGUGCUUGGAUGGAAACCGACAUGGCAGAGAGCUGUUCCCCCAAUACCUUCCUACACCGAGCGUUAUAUCAGACUGUUAGAGAUGAGCAGGCCUUUGUUAAUGGAAUCAGUUGUGGGUCUGUUCUCUUCAGACAGCUGGAGGUCAACAGAAGGCUGCUAAUGAUGUCAUAAUAGUCAGGUAACCAAUGACAACGAGGCAUGUUGAAUGAAUGGUAGUCUCCCGAACAACAUGAGCAAGAAGCCAGUUUAGGUUUUCACUAGACCCCUAAUAAUUAGAAUAAUCAUUAACCCAGAAAAUGGUGAAAGUGUCAUUGAGACCACCAACUUCAUUUAGGAUCUAACACAAGACUACUGUGCUGGCUACAUUGUGUGAUAUCGUUUAAGACUAGGUUUCAGGAAAUGGCAGUUACAGGGUUUUUUUUAUGCUAAAUUCUCCAACUUCCCGACCUACAUGUACAUAUUACCUCAACUACCUCAACUAACAUGUGCUCAGCACAUUGACUCGGUGCCGGUACCCCCUGUAUAUAGCCUCCCUACUGUUAUUACACAUUGACUCGGUGCCGGUACCCCCUGUAUAUAGCCUCCCUACUGUUAUUUCCCAUUGAAUUGUACCGGUACCCCCUGUAGAUAUAGCCUCCCUACUGUUAUUUCCAUUGACUCUGUACGGGACCCCCUGUAUAUAGCAUCCUACGUUAUUUCCCCUUGACUCUGUACCGGUACCCCCUGUAAUAUAGCUCCCUACUGUUAUUUCCCAUGGACUCCUGCACCGGUACCCCCAUGUUAUAUAGCCUCCUACUGUUAUUUCCCAUUGACUCUGUACGGUUACCCCCUGUAUAUAGCCUCCUAUGUUUUUCCCAUUGACUCUGUACCGGUUACCCCCUGUAUAUAUAGCCUCCCUACUGUUAUUUCCCAUUGACUCUGCACCGGUACCCCCCUGUAUAUAGCCUCCCUACUGUUAUUUUACUGCUGCUCUAAUUAUUUGUUAUUUAUAAAAAAUAAAAAUAAAUGUACUCCAUUUUUUACUUAACACUUCUUCUUAAAACUGCAUUGUUGGUUAAGGGCUUGUAAGUAAGCAUUUCACUGUAAGGUCUACACCUGUUGUAUUCGGCGCAUGUGACAAAUACAAUUUGAUUUGAUUAGUCACCUGUCUGCCGUAUUUAACCCAACCCCUCUGAAUCCGAGAGGUGCGGGGGGGCUGCCUUAAUCCACGUCCACGUCAUCAGCGGCUUGGGAGUAGCAGUUGGGGGUUAACUGCCUUGCUCUAGGGAAGAACGGCAGGUUUUUCCACCUUGCCGGUUCGGUGAUUCGAACCAGCAACGUUUCGGUUACUGGCCCAUCGCUCUUAACCGCUAGGCUACCUGCAUGGAGCAUAGCUCUCUAAGGUUGGUGCAGUAUGGAGCAUACUAAAUGUGAUUAUAGUUUAACCAGCUAGUCUGUGUGUCCUCCCCCCCCAGUACAGACAGGCGUACACUGGCAACAGCCAGUCCCAGGUGCAGACGGCCAUGGACGGCUUUGAGGACGUCAUCAGGAGAUUCCCUAAGUGUGCCGAGGGAUACGCUCUGUACGCUCAGGUAAACAUCACGUCUCACACACGUACUGCAAGUCUCGCCUGUCCUGCACACUAUCGUAACCUGACGUCUUGCCUGGAGUAUGACUGGUUGUCUCAAAACUAACUUUAGUAUGUGAAUCACCCUGAAAUAUUUCUCCUGUGUGUCUGUUAUUCAGGCGUUGACUGACCAGCAGCAGUUUGGCAAGGCAGAUCAGAUGUACAACAAGUGUAUUGACCUGGAGCCAGACAACGCCACAACAUACGUCCACAAGGGGUGAGUUAGUCUGACAACGCUACAACAUACGUCCACAAGGGGUGAGUUAGCCAGACAACGCUACAACAUACGUCCACAAGGGGUGAGUUAGCCAGACAACGCUACAACAUACGUCCACAAGGGGUGAGUUAGCCUGACAACGCUACAACAUACGUCCACAAGGGGUGAGUUAGUCUGACAACGCUACAACAUACGUCCACAAGGGGUGAGUUAGCCAGACAACGCUACAACAUACGUCCACAAGGGGUGAGUUAGCCAGACAACGCUACAACAUACGUCCACAAGGGGUGAGUUAGCCAGACAACGCUACAACAUACGUCCACAAGGGGUGAGUUAGCCAGACAACGCUACAACAUACGUCCACAAGGGGUGAGUUAGCCAGACAACGCUACAACAUACGUCCACAAGGGGUGAGUUAGCCAGACAACGCUACAACAUACGUCCACAAGGGGUGAGUUAGCCUGACAACGCUACAACAUACGUCCACAAGGGGUGAGUUAGCCAGACAACGCUACAACAUACGUCCACAAGGGGUGGAGUUAGCCAGACAAACGCUACAACAUACGUCCACAAGGGGUGAGUUAGCCAGACAACGCUACAACAUACGUCCACAAGGGGUGAGUUAGUCUGACAACGCUACAACAUACGUCCACAAGGGGUGAGUUAGCCUGACAACGCUACAACAUACGUCCACAAGGGGUGAGUUAGCCAGACAACGCUACAACAUACGUCCACAAGGGGUGAGUUAGCCAGACAACGCUACAACAUACAGCACCAGUCAAUAGUUUGCACACACCUACUCAUUCAAGGGUUUUUCUUUAUUUUUUACUAUUUUCUACAUUAUAGAAUAAUAGUGAAGACAUCACAACUAUGAAAUAACACAUAUGGAAUCAUGUAGUAACCAAAAAAAGUGUUAAACAAAUAUAUUUUAUAUUUGAGAUUCUUCAAAUAGCCACCCUUGAUGACAGCUUUGCACACUCUUGGCAUUCUCUCAACCAGCUUCACCUGGAAUGCUUUUCCAACAGUCUUGAAUGAGUUCCCACAUAUGCUGAGCACUUGUUGGCUGCUUUUCCUUCACUCUGCCGUCCGACUCAUCCAAAACCAUCUCAAUUUGGUUGAGGUCGGGGGAUUGUGGAGGUCAGGUCAUCUGAUGCAGCUCUCCAUCACUCUCCUUCUUGGUCAAAUAGCCCUUACACAGCCUGGAGGUGUGUUGGGUCAUUGUCCUGUUGAAAAACAAAUGAUAGUCCCAGUAAGCCCAAACCAGAUGGGAUGGCGUAUCGCUGCAGAAUGCUGUGGUAGCCAUGCUGGUUAAGUGUGCCUUGAAUGCUAAAUAAAUCCCAGACAGUGUCACCAGCAAAGCACCCCCACACCAUAACACCACCUCCUCCAUGCUUUACGGUGGGAACUACACAUGCGGAGAUCAGAAGGCACACCUGUUAAUUGAAAUGCAUUCCAGGUGACUACCUCAUGAAGCUGGUUGAGAUAAUGCCAAGAGUGUGCAAAGCUGUCAUCAAGGCAAAGGGUGGCUAUUUGAAGAAUCUCAAAUAUAAAAUAUAUUUUGAUUUGUUUAAAUAGCUUGUUUGGUUACUACAUGAAUUGCCAUAUGUGUUAUUUCAUUGGAUGUUUGAUGUCUUCACUAUUAUUCUAACAAUGUAGAAAAUAGUAAAAAUAAAGAUUUUGACUGGUACUGUCAACGUCCCAAGGGGUGAUUUAGUCUGCUUUAACUGUCAUAUUUGUCCACCUUCCUUCAUUAUGUCUUGGUUUUAUCUAAGGGCUGGUGUAAGUGGACACUUAGGUUAGAGAUGGUUUUGCAACAUUCACCCUUUAUUAAUCUCAGGUUUACACGUUUCAUUUGUGCCCAUUAACUUUGCUCUGUAUGUUUCUCUGACUAGUGUUAAGUUUCUUUAAUCUUAUUGAUACCUCUCCGAAUUGUUCUAAUGCUUAAAAAUGUAAAGUACCCUUUCCAACUGUUCUGUAUGUAAAUGUACUUGGGUUCUAGGAAGUGUAGCUUUGAAGAGCAUAUUAUCAAAUAAAGAUCAUGGGCGGCGCACAAUGGCCAGCGUCGUCCAGGGUAGGGGAGGGAAUGGCCGGCAGGGAUGUAGCUCAGUUGAUAGAGCAUGGCGUUUGCAACGCCAGGGUUGUGGGUUCGAUUCCCACAGGGGCCAGUAUAAAAAAAAAAAAAUGUAUUCACUAACUGUAAGUCGCUCUGGAUAAGAGCGUCUGCUAAAUGACUAAAAUGUAAAUGUAAAUGUAAACUGUUAACAGGGUUAUCAGUGUAGUAAUGUCACCUCCAUGUCCAUUCCUAGGAUGUUAAUGAUGUUAUAUGUUUAGUAGGGUAUACCUGGUCUGUGUGAUGAGGCCUGUAUGUUUAGUAGGGUAUACCUGGUCUGUGUGAUGAGGCCUGUAGUUAGUAGGGUAUACCUGGUCUGUGUGAUGAGGCCUGUAUGUUUAGUAGGGUAUACCUGGUCUGUGUGAUGAGGCCUGUAUGUUUAGUAGGGUAUACCUGGUCUGUGUGAUGAGGCCUGUAUGUUUAGUAGGGUAUACCUGGUCUGUGUGAUGAGGCCUGUAUGUUUAGUAGGGUAUACCUGGUCUGUGUGAUGAGGCCUGUAUGUUUAGUAGGGUAUACCUGGGCUGUGUGCUGAGGCCUGUAUGUUUAGUAGGGUAUACCUGGUCUGUGUGAUGAGGCCUGUAUGUUAGUAGGGUAUACAUGGUUGUGUGAUGAGGCAUGUAUGUUUAGUAGGGUAUACCUGGUCUGUGUGAUGAGGCCUGUAUGUUUAGUAGGGUAUACCUGGUCUGUGUGAUGAGGCCUGUAUGUUUAGUAGGGUAUACCUGGUCUGUGUGGUGGGUCCUCUACGUUAGGUUAGACGGUAUACCUGGUCUGUGUGAUGAGGCCUGUAUGUUUAGUAGGGUAUACCUGGUCUGUGUGAUGAGGCCUGUAUGUUUAGUAGGGUAUACCUGGUCUGUGUGAUGAGGCCUGUAUGUUUAGUAGGGUAUACCUGGUCUGUGUGAUGAGGCCUGUAUGUUUAGUAGGGUAUACCUGGUCUGUGUGAUGAGGCCUCUACGUUAGGUUAGACGGUAUACCUGGUCUGUGUGGUGGGUCCUCUACGUUAGGUUAGACGGUAUACCUGGUCUGUGUGGUGGGUCCUCUACGUUAGGUUAGACGGUAUACCUGGUCUGUGUGGUGGGUCCUCUACGUUAGGUUAGACGGUAUACCUGGUCUGUGUGGUGGGUCCUCUACGUUAGGUUAGACGGUAUACCUGGUCUGUGUGGUGGGUCCUCUACGUUAGGUUAGACGGUAUACCUGGUCUGUGGGUGGGUCCUCUACGUUAGGUUAGACGGUAUACCUGGUCUGUGUGGUGGGUCCUCUACGUUAGGUUAGACGGUAUACCUGGUCUGUGUGGUGGGUCCUCUACGUUAGGUUAGACGGUAUACCUGGUCUGUGUGGUGGGUCCUCUACGUUAGGUUAGACGGUAUACCUGGUCUGUGUGGUGGGUCCUCUACGUUAGGUUAGACGGUAUACCUGGUCUGUGUGGUGGGUCCUCUACGUUAGGUUAGACGGUAUACCUGGUCUGUGUGGUGGGUCCUCUAUGUUAGGUUAGACGGUAUACCUGGUCUGUGUGGUGGGUCCUCUACGUUAGGUUAGACGGUAUACCUGGUCUGUGUGGUGGGUCCUCUACGUUAGGUUAGACGGUAUACCUGGUCUGUGUGGUGGGUCCUCUACGUUAGGUUAGACGGUAUACCUGGUCUGUGUGGUGGGUCCUCUACGUUAGGUUAGACGGUAUACCUGGUCUGUGUGAUGAGGCCUGUGGAUCUGUAGUAAUGUUUCUGUGUGACCAGGUUGUUGCAGCUCCAGUGGAAGCAGGACUUGGACCUGGGCCUGGACCUCAUCAGCAAGGCCAUCGAGAUCGACAAUAAAUGUGACUUUGCCUACGAAACCAUGGGAACUAUUGAAGUUCAAAGGUUAGCUGAAUACUUUUUAAAUAUUGCCCAGUAAUAAACACUUAAUACACACUUUGGAGUUUGGUUUAAAAUAAAAUAACUGAAGUUUAGGUUUAUCUGCCGACACACUACCGUUCAAAUGUUUGGGGUCACUUAGAAAUGUCCUUGUUUUCGAAAGAAAUGCUUUUUUUUGUCCAUUAAAAUAACAUCAAAUUGAUCAGAAAUACAGUGUAGACAUUGUUAAUGUUGUAAAUGGCUAUUGUAGCUGGAAACGGCUGAUUUUUAAUGGAAUAUCUACAUAGGCGUACAGAGGCCCAUUAUCAGCAACCAUCAGUCCUGUGUUCCAAUGGCACGUUGUGUUUGCUAAUCCAAGUUUAUCAUUUUAAAAGGCUAAUUGAUCAUUAGAAAACCCUUUUGCAAUUAUGUUAGCACAGCUGAAAACUGUUGUGCUGAUUUAAAGAAGCAAUAAAACUGGCCUCCUUGAGACUAGUUGAGUAUCUGGAGCAUCAGCAAUUGUGGGUUCGAUUACAGGCUCAAAAUGGCCAGAAACAAAUCACUUUCUUAUGAAACUCAUCAGUCUAUUCUUGUUCUGAGAAAUGAAGGCUAUUUCAUGCGAGAAAUUGCCAAGAAACUGAAGAUCUCGUACAACGCUGUGUACUACUCCCUUCACAGAACAGCGCAAACUGUCUCUAACCAGAAUAGAAAGAGGAGUGGGAGGCCCCGGUGCACAACUGAGCAAGAGGACAAAUACAUUAGAGUGUCUAGUUUGAGAAACAGGCGCCUCACAGGUCCUCAACUGGCAGCUUCAUUAAAUAGUACCCGCAAAACACCAGUCUCAACGUCAACAGUGAAGAGGCGACUCUGGGAUGCUGACCUUCUAGGCAGAGUUGCAAAGAAAAAGCCAAAUCUCAGACUGGCCAAUAAAAAGAAAAGAUUAAGAUGGGCAAAAGAACACAGACACUGGACAGAGGAAGAUUGGAAAAAAGUGUUAUGGACAGACGAAUCGAAGUUUGAGGUGUUCGGAUCACAAAGAAGAACAUUUGUGAGACCCAGACCAAAUGAAAGGAUGCUGGAGGAGUGCUUGAUGCCAUCUGUCAAGCAUGGUGGAGGCAAUGUGAUGGUCUGGGGGUGCUUUGGUGGUGUUAAAGUGGGAGAUUUGUACAGGGUAAAAGGGAUCUUGAAGAAGGAAGGCUAUCACUCCAUUUUGCAGAGCCACGCCAUACCCUGUGGACGGCGCUUGAUUGGAGCCAAUUUCCUCCUACAACAGGACAAUUACAUUUUACAUUUUAGUCAUUUAGCAGACACUCUUAUCCAGAGCGACUUAGUCAGUGAGUGCAUACAUUUUCAUACUGGCCACCCGUGGGAAUCGAACCCACAACCCUGGUGUUGCAAACGCCAUGCUCUACCAACUGAGCUACAAUGACCCAAAGCACAGCUCCAAACUAUGCAAUAACUAUUUAGGGAAGAAGCAGUCAGCUGGUAUUCUGUCUAUAGUGGAGUGGCCAGCACAGUCACCGGAUCUCAACCCUAUUGAGCUGUUGUGGGAGCAGCUUGACCGUAUGGUACGUAAGAAGUGCCCAUCAAGCCAAUCCAACUUGUGGGAGGUGCUUCAGGAAGCAUGGGAUGAAAUCUCAAAUUGACAACUAGAAUGCCAAAGGUCUGCAAGGCUGUAAUUUCUGCAAAGGGAGGAUUCUUUGAUGAAAGCAAAGUUUGAAGGACACAAUUAUUAUUUCUAUUAAAAAUCAUUAUUUCUAACCUUGUCAAUUUAUUUAAUUUUUUUAUUUGACCUUUAUUUAACUAGGCAAAUCAGUUAAGAACAAAUUCUUAUUUACAAUGACGGCCUACACCGGCCAAACCCGGACGACGCUGGGCCAAUUGUGCGCCGCCCUAUGGGACUCCCAAUCACGGCCGGUUGUGAUACAGCCUGGAAUCGAACCAGGGGUGUCUGUAGUGACGCCUCGAGCACUGAGAUGCAGUGCCUUAGACCGCUGCGCCACUCGGGAGCCCAGUCAAUGACUACAUUUCCUAUGCAUUUUGCUAUAUUUCCUAUUCAAACUCAUUUCAUGUAUGUUUUCAUGGAAAACAAGGACAUUUCUAAGUGACCCCAAACUUUUGAACGGUAGUGUACAUCAAAUGUGAUGUCAUACAAUGUACACUGGGUGGACAAAACUUUAGGAACACCUGCUCUUUCCAUAAUAUAUAGACUGACCAGGUGAAUCCAGGUGAAAGCUAUGAUCCCUUAUUGAUGUCACUUGUUAAAUCGACUUCAGUCAGUGUAGAUGAAGGGGAGGAGACAGGUUAAAGAAGGAUUUUUAAGCAUUGACACAAUUGAGACAUGGAUUGUGUAUGUGUGCCAUUCAGAGGGUGAAUGGGCAAGACAAAAUAAUGAAGUGCCUUUGAACGGGGUAUGGUAGUAGGUGCCAGGCGCAUCGGUUUGUGUCAAGAACUGCAACGCUGCUGGGUUUUUCACGCACAACAGUGUCCCGUGUGUAUCAAGAAUGGUCCACCACCCAAAGGACAUCCAGCCAACUUUAUAUAACUGUGGGAAGCAUUGGAGUCAACAUGGGCCAGCAUCCCUGUGGAACGCUUUCAACACCUUGUAGAGUCCCCAUGCCCGACGAAUUGAGGCUGUUCUGAGGGUGAAAAGGAGGUGCAACUCAAUCAUUAGAAAGGUGUUCCUAAUGUUUUGUACACAGUGUAUAAAAGACAUGUUAAAAAAUAACUAAUUUAUUAACAUCCGUCUCUCACUCCCAGGGGGAACCUGGACAAGGCAAUAGACAUGUUCAACAAGGCCAUCAACCUGGCCAAGUCAGAGAUGGAGAUGGCCCACCUGUACUCGCUGUGUGACGCGGCCUACGCCCAGACUGAGGUAGCCAGGAAGUACGGGCUGAAGCCACCAACGCUGUAACUGCCCUGUCACAUGACCCACCCGACCCAAGCCCCUCCCACUCUCCACUGCUGAACCUGAUCUAUUAUAACUGCAGAUGUUUUGGUUUUGUAGACAUGCUGAUCUGUGACUCGGUCCUCCCCCCCUCCCCCCCAGGACAGAGUUUGAGAAACGCUGCACUGCAUGAUCAUGUUUACGUCACUUUUGAAUUGAGCUGUAACAAAGGAGAGAUGCUUUACUGUUCACAGCCAAGGCUAGAACCUAAGCAUCGGGUGAUUAAUGGUCUUAACCCACACACCCCUCUUCUCUCAGUACUUAGUUUAACCCAGACCACCAACCCUUAU